CAAACCGCUGCCUGUUGGUCAAACCAGAAAGGAUUCAUCUUUUCCAAUCCCUCACUUCAGAAAGAUUUAAUUUGCCAUAAGAGAAAAACAAGGUAAUUUUUCCACUAUUUUAUCUGAGUAACCCGCCUACGUUCAGCUAAAAAUAUUUUCGAAGAACCUUUAUUUUUGAAACUGUAUGUGUCCAGUGUAGCCUUUAUUUUUUUGGUCUUGUAAUUUUUAACGUUGGAUUCAUAAAACAGUUUAAUAACUUAAUCUAAGUUAUAAUAGAAUUAAAAUUGUUAAGACCAAAAUCACCUAUUCCUUAAAUAGAAAUAUUUUUUUAAUAAAUAAAAAACAAUCUAAAAGAUUGCCAACUUUUUUAUGCCAUAACAAUAAAUUUUUAAUUAUAUUAUUGACGUUUACUUUUGUUGAAACAGUAGUGAAUUAUUGUUUAGGUACAUAUGUGUUCGGGUAAGCACAUGCUAUGUGUUUAAGUUAUGUUUUCUGUAAUUAUAUCAUUUUAAAUAUUGCAUUUGUUUUUGCAAACAUGUAUAGUAUUGCUGCAGGACUAUAUAUAAUUAUUAUUGAAAGGUAUAGAUAUUUUUAAAUAGUUUAGUAAUGCGUUCAGUAUGGUAAAGUUAUGCAGUUUCAUGUGUAUUACCAUAAAUAUGAUUUUCUAAAAAUAAAAACGUUUGCCGUUUGUAGAUUUUUGGAAAGUUGGUCUUUUGCAUUGUUUAUCUCACCACAAGUCACUUUUGAAUGAGCUGCUCUGUAGAUGAUGAUUAAAAAGCAGGCAAAGUAUGGGGUAACGGGUAAGCAGGAAAAACGAUUGGUGAAAGAAAAUAGUAUUUAUUAAACAUUUGUGUUUGUAUUGUUUACUUACAAUACAUGUAUAGCUUGGAGGAAAGACAAGACAGAAACAUUUAAAUGUAUAAAUGGAAUCAACACAGUAAAGGAUUACCGUAUAUUUAAAAGAAGAAAAACUACCACAACAAGAGGAAAUAGUCUUAAAUUAGAGGGGAAAAGGUUUAAAAAUAAUUUCAGAAAGUAUUACUUUACUGAGAGGGUAGUGGAUGCAUGGAAUAGCCUUCCAGCUGAAGUGGUAGAGGUUAACACUGUGAAGGAGUUUAAACAUGCAUGGGAUAUGCGUAAGGCUAUCCUAACUAUAAGAAAAGGCCAGGGACUGAUGAAAGUAUUUAGAAAAUUGGGCAGACUAGAAGGGCCGAAUCGUUGUUAUCUGCCAUCACAUUCUAUGUUUCUAUGUUUUGUGUCCACUUCUAUAUUGCAAAAUUAAAAUGGUUCCUUAUUCCCUCAUUACAUUAAACAUUACUGAUAUAUUUACUGGGGUAAAUAGUGUAGUGGAGGUAAGUCAAAAAGUACUUAUCUCCAACACAUUUCAGUCAACAUCAUUGCCCCACGAUGCUUUAAAUGUGUUUACAGAAUCGCGCUGAGUGCUUGUAAAUUCACGCAUUACAUCGGUUAUGCCAGUCACGCACACACGCCGCGUCAAAUUAAUUAACAUGGCGUAUUCUGGCUACAGAAGGAAAGCCAGGCAUUUGAGAUAAAUUAGUAAAUAAAACAGCUGACAGCUAUCAAAAAUUGCACAACUCUCAAAAAUGACAGCAUUGCUACGAUUAUCUACAUUCAUAAUGCCAACAUACUGCACAAUAUGUAAACAAUACAAAUGGUUCUAACAUGUUUGAUAUACAGGAACAGCAGGAGUAGAGGGCCCUGCCUAAGCGGGCUUACAAUUUAAAAGAAUGGGAAGCUUUAAGGGUGGGAUAGCAGAGGAUAUUAAAAGUUACAUAUACACAGCUUAAUGUAAAAUGCGUCAGAAGUGCAAACAAAAUUCAGACAAGAAAGAGUAUCUCCUGAUCAAGAAGAGUUAAUAUUGAGAGAUAUGGACUAAGGUUUGACACAUUGCACUCCGUCGUUAUAAAUCCCUUCCUGCUUCCCUGCUAUGGAGCUUAUACAACACAAAACAUCAAACCUUUUACUUUAGCAUCUGAUGUAACAUACUGGGCAAAUGCAUUUACCCUUUCUUUAGCAGCAAAGACAAAGUUUUUGUAAGCCUUGUACACACAGAAAGGGUUUAUAUGAGAUUUGACUGUUGUAGCCAAGAUACAUUUUUCCUUGUUGUUGUUAGGUUGUGAUUCAAUUUUCAAUAUGUGGAUUUUUAUUUAAUAGCAAUUCAUAAGAAUAUUUUUUUAAACACAUAGCAUUUUAACCUGUGCUUAGUCCAUUCCUCAUUUGAAAUUACUACACACUAUCCGCCCUUUUUUAUUUUACUUUCCAUGUUAUUCUGUUGAGAAAAAAACAAAACACAAAACUUAAUUACAAAUGUAUUUAGAUUUUUUUUUAAUGUAAAAUUGUACAAAUGCAAAGACUCACAAUCACUGACAUGACAACUUUAACAUAAGUCAUCACAAACACACAAAAAACCCAACACACCAUUCUUGCCAAUAAAAUAGGAGCGAGUCUAAAAUUGUUUUUUUUUCAAUGUGGCAACAGGAUUAAAAUUUGGCACAUUUAAGUGAUUUGCAUUUUCUUGAAGUCAAAUGAACAAGCAUAUGGCAUAUGUGGCUGUACUCGCCAUUUUUAAAAUAUUGGCAAAAUUUUCUAUCCUUGUAAAAGUGUUUUAUUUAUAGAAAGAAAUUUUAUUUGCGUGGAAAUGUGAGGUUAUAACAGAAGAAAUGGUGCAGUUUGGGACAGGCACAUUCAUCUCCUGAAGUUAAUUAACAAUUACCAGAAUUAAAAAUUGAUUUGGAAAAUAAAGGUCAAAAAUGAGGUGUUGGAUAUUUUAGAUUUUAUUUUUUUUUAACUAUGUUGCACAUCCGUUCUUAACUACAGUAAUUCAGCAUUUAUUGAAUAAAUGAGCUUAGUGCAUUCACAACAAACGUAGAACACAUUUUGAUUAAACAGUAAACAACAUGUACUUGUAAGAAAUGAUUGUCUCAAUCUGAAAGAUUGUUCUACGUAUAAACCAAAAUGAUCUCAUAAAAAAAUAAAAUAUGAAAGUUACCACAAUUUAAAUUUUACAAUGUUUCACAAAUAAUUCUAAUAAGAAGUCGUAUAACAGGACACUAAACUGAGCAGUUUAUUUAGCAGUAUUUAUUUUGUUGUUAUUUUUAGGCGUAUUUAUUAAAAGUUUAUUAAAUCUGCAAAAAAAAGAAAUUUUUAUCUUUUUUAUGAUGCAUUUGUUGUUUAAUUUGAGAUAAAAGAAAAAAAAUACUUUAAAUACCGCAAAGCAAUUCGAAUAAAUAUAUUUGCUAAUUCUAAACCGUUUUUUAGGAUUAUCGUAUUUAGAAAGUUUUCAGCCUUCAAAAUAUACAAUUUUGUUUGGUUUCCCAUGUAAAAUCACACAAUUUACACUUGUUAACAAAUGUUCAAUACAGAUGCAAAAUUAUGAAGUCUUGCGUUAUCUUUUAAUACCCUUUUUACUGCACUAACAGAAAUUUGUAGGAACGAGCAUUUGGAAGCGCCUUCGUUUAUCAAGUCUAAAGCAUUUUUUUCAAUACAAAAACACAUAUCACAUAAUAUAACUCGAAUACUAUACAUAUUAUGUACAUAAAGCCAUUUAUUUGUAAAUGUAAAAACGUUUAUUUAUUUUACAACAAUUUCAUUAGUUUGGUUAUUUUUUUACUAAAAAAAGGUAAAAGUAACUUCUCAAUAAUUUUGUUUCAAAUAGAAGUAACGAGCGUGUAGAAUGUUUUUGUCUUAAUUAUUUUUUAUUUUACGUAAUAAAAAAAAUAAAAAAAACAUUAAUGUCCACUCGAAUCUGCAGAACUAUUGUUAUAGUUGAUGAGAUUUAUGUUAAAGUAAUUGUGUGAGAUCCACUGAUACUACAUGUUAUUGAUUAUUAUUUCAGAAUUAUCUAAUCAGUGCAAAAAGAGUUCUAUGAGAAUGAAAGGCAAACAGUGAACAGAGUAUUCAAGAUAAAUGCAAACAGUUUGUCAGGUCAACUUAGUUGGUGAUGCCCUGUUGUGUCCUUCACCUCUCUGUUAGUGUAUCUGUGUUUCAAUAUUUGCCCCAUGUGAUAUGAGGUCUAUCAAUAGGAGGAGCAGGUUGGCACAUAUUAUAUGGUGAUGUGUCAAAUUCCAUGUCCGUAUUGCACUGUUUUGAGUUUCCGGAACGACUUAUGCCAGAUCUAUGAAGUUCUGUGUACACAUUAAAGAGUAGCGGUGAUCGAUCACACAGGCCAGACUAGUCGCUAUGAGCAAUGUAUUUGUUUGUAGAAAGGAUGUAUUGUAUCAUUAUGUGUCGGAACUCAGCAGAUUGAAUAGAAGUGGUCAAACUACUUUUGGAUGGCGAAGAUUUAAAGGGGGAUGGACACAAAGUUUUUAAACCAUAUUUUCUCCAACAUUUGUAUCAUUUGAUCAGCUAUUCCCAUAUAAAUACAUAUAUUUAGAAGAACAUCUGUUUUAUUAUCCAUUUCUUCAUAUUAAAUAUAUAUAUAUUUUAGGAGGUGCACAUUUUAAUAACCCAUUCACACAUAGAUUAUUAUUAUUAUUAUUAUUGCCAUUUAUAUAGCGUCAACAGAUUCCGCAAGGCUUUACAAUAGAUAAUUCUGGUGCCAUUGUAAAUAGAGAUUAAUAUUUAUUUUAAAACAGUAUGUGUUGCUAAAAUAUGAACUUGAUGUGCAGAAUAACCUAAAAUGCUUAAAUUAUGCAUAGAAAAAUUGAUUUUUGGGUUUAAUUGUUCAUGCAUUGUCAAUUCCUAAAAUACAUGAGUGCAUGAACUUCAAAGCCACCCCAGUGUCAUUCCACUAGUAAAAGAGACCUCCUGGUGUAAAAUUAAAUGAAUAUCACAAGCACCAUAACCACUACAGUCCACUGUAGUAGCUAUGGUACUACGAGUGCCCUGGAAUCCUGAAAGGUAAGUAGUCAAAAUGUUUCUUUGCCAUGGUGUGAGUGGGAGUCAGUAAGUGGUCCCUUUUCCCUCUGGAUUCUGGGAAGUUUCCAAGUGAGUGGAGGGGAACUCUGUGCCAUGACAGCACUAAACCCCCUUGUGAUCACAGUAAAGUCACAGCAAGCCCACAUCCUGACGGAAUGCUGCCCCCUCUCCAUAUAUAGUGGUGAAAUAAUGUCCUCAUGUAAUCCCACCAAAUUGGAGCCCUGGGAAUAUACAGGUAAAGCUGGGAUUGUAUUGUUCCAAAAUGUGAGAAGAAAGGAGGAACCAUUCCUUAUGUGGCUGUAUUAUGGCAUACAAUAAAUAUAAUGGCAGCAUUAAAGCAGGUUCUGUAGCCUAUGGCAUAGAACCACUCUUGUUCCCGUGCUAUAUGAUCCCAGCUGAAGUGCUUUAUGGGUGUAAAGUGGAACUUUAAUGAAUUCAGGGCUCCAGGACAGUAAAUCUGUGGCCUUACCAGGCACGGCCAUUUACAUCAAUGACAUUAAUGCACGCACAUGGCUUGAAUUAAGGUUAUUUUAGCAUAUAUAUAUAUAUAUAUAUAUAUAUAUAUAUAUAUAUAUAUAUAUAAUAAGUUUUUUUAUUUGCAGGCUCUUCAGAAAAUAUAAAUGGAUGUUUCAUGUAUGCUAAUUAUUUUUUAAAUGGAGUAAGCAGGUAAGUUUCAGGCCACUACUCCCCAAAUGGUCCUGUAGUAUCAUACAGUGAGGGAAAAAAGUAUUUGAUCCCCUGCUGAUUUUAAAUAUUUGCCCACUGACAAAGAAAUGAUCAGUAUAUAAUUUUAAUGGUAGGCAUUUUUUUUAACAGUGAGAGACAGAAUAACAAAAAAACAAAAAAAUCCAGAAAAAUGCAUGUCAAAAACUUAUAAAUUGAUUUUCAUGUCAAUGAGGGAAAUAAGUAUUUAUUUCACUCAUUACUUGGUACUUGGUGGCAAAACCCUUGUUGGCAAUCAUGUUUCUUGUAGCUGGCCACCAGGUUUGCACACAUCUCAGAAGGGAUUUUGUCCCACUCCUCUUUGCAGAUCCUCUCCAAGUCAUUAAGGUUUCGAGGCUGACGUUUGGCAACUCGAACCUUCAGCUCCCUCCAGAGAUUUUCUAUAGGAUUAGGUCUGGAGACUGGCUAGGCCACUACUUCUUGAGCCACUCCUUUGUUGCCACAGUGAUAUGUUUUGGGUAAUUGGAAAUACCCAUCCACAAUCCAUUUUCAAUGCCCUGGCUGAGUAAAGGAGGUUUUCACCCAAUAUUUGAUGUUACAUGUCCCCGUCCAUCGUCCCUUUGAUGCGGGGAAGUUGUCCUGUCCCCUCAGCAGAAAAACAUCCCAAAACAUAAUGUUUCCACCUCCAUGAUUGACAGUGAGGAUGGUGUUAUUGGGGCCAUAGGCAGCAUUCCUCCCCCUCCAAACAUGGCGAGAUGAGUUGAUACCAAAUAGCUUAAUUUUGGUCUCAUCUGACCACAACACUUUCACCCAGUUCUCCUCUGAAUCAUUCAGAUGUUCAUUGGCAAACUAUAGACGGGCCUGUACUUGUGCUUUCUUGAGAAAGGGGACCGGGCGGGCGCUGCAGGAUUUCAGUCCUUUACGUCGUAGUGUGUUACCAAUUGUUUUCUUUGUUACUAUGGUCCCAGCUGCUCUGAGAUCAUUAACAAGAUCCUCCCAUGUAGUUCUGGGCUGAUUCCUCACCAUUCUCAUGAGCAUUGAAACUCCACAAAGUGAGAUCUUGCAUGGAGCACCAGACGAGGGAGACUGACAAUUAUUUUCUGAUUCUUCAAUUUGUGAAUAAUCGCACCAACGGUUGUUACCUUCUCACCAAGCUGCUUGGCGAUGGUGCUGUAGCCCAUUCCAGCCUUGUGUAGGUCUACAAUCUCACCUGGGAGCCAGACAUCUUGCUGAUUGAUAGGUGAUCAAAUAUUUAUUUCUGGAUUUUUUUUUUAAUAUUCUGUCUCUCACUGUUAAAAUACACCUACCAUUAAAAUUAUAGACUGAUCAUUUAUUUGUCAGUGGACAAACUUUCAAAAUCAGUAGGGGAUCAAAUACUUUUUUCCCUCACUAUAUUUAUUAGAAGGUGAGCAUGUAUGCUGGACAAACCAGGCCAUUGGUGCUCACCUUCAAAUAUAUAUGUGUUUAAUUUCUCAUUAUUUUGGCAGAAUUUAAUUACGGUGACAUAUGGGGCAGCGAAGUUGAAUUAUACUUAACCUUAUGCUAUCCCCCAAUGGCUUUGCCAUGUUCGAUCUUCAGUUCCUGGCGCUUUAUCCUCUAGGAGCCCACAUCAGUGGUUUGCUCUUGCACAUGCACAAGAGCCCAACAUUGAUGUCUAUAGAGGAUCCAGCAAGACCAUGGGAACCUUUGUAGAUAUCUUGUGAUGAGUUAAUGACGGCUGUGGGAAGUGAUGAAGUUUGGGUAUUUAUCAUAAGACGAAGUAGUCCCUAAUUUGUCUUAAGAUAUCUUUUGACUGCAUUAACAUUUCAAAGAAAUUCCAAUACAGUCUUAAUGGGUAUUGCUAAAAGAUUUCAUUUUUGGGACUUGAGGGGGGAUGGGGGGAGGGGGGGCAGAGCUGCAUUAACAAUCCGCAUUAUGUAACAUGUUUUCAUAUAAAGGACUCUGUCAUCAAAAGGAAAUAGAGUGAUAAAAUUCCAAGCAUGAAAAUUCAACACGUUUAUGGAAACACACACCGCUACCUCUCAUCUAACUCAGCAAAGCUACAUCUAGAGUCUGCUACAUGGGGCUAAUGGGCAAUUAAUGAGUGGGCAAUUAGGAAUACUUAGGGAAGUUACCUUUAAAGUAACUGAAGGUGCUUAAACUCACAGCAAUAGGGAUCCUAGUGUACAUGGUGCUAGGGAACUUGAGUCUGUAGUUGGUGGAGUGAAGGCUGGUAGUAAUGGGCAAAAAAUGUUGACCUAGCUGUCGUAGACGCAGGUGGUGGAGAUUUAGCUGGGGUAGAACUAUUUAAUAUAGGUGGAGAAGCUGGUGUACAUGCUGCUGACAUGGUAACACUUUACUAUUUGAGUCCUUUUGAUGUUGGAAAGAGUCAAACAGAACCAUAAAUCCAAAGAUCUCCUCACUCCCUUCAGUUAUUGAUGCAGUUUCCUAGGGACACAUCAAAGUAGUUAGUUGUUGAACAUGGAAGCUACAUUUCCAUGAAACAUCUCCUGGCGAUUAUCUAGUGUCAUGAUUUGUACUAGUAAGGCUAUAGUAUUAACAGGAGAAUAGAUAUUGAAUGACACAAAGCUUAUUUUGUCGUUAGGUUAAUUUUGAGCAGAAAGUAUUUUCUUUUCUUUAAUACCGCGGUCACCGUAGAACCCCAUUGUACAGUGCUACGGAACUUGCUGGCGCUAUAUAAAUAAUAAAAUAAUAAUAAUAAUAAUACAAGGUAACAAAACUUGCUAAGAAAAUAAUUAAAUACAAACCGAUCGAUUAAAAUGAAAAAUGGAACCUCUUGCGCAUCUGAUUUGACAGAAGCCAAACAUUUUCACUUAAUAUGGUUAAAGAAAAACUGAACUGAACUAAAAGACUCUGUCAGGGACAAUCCUAAAAUAUACAAAACAAAGAGUAAGCUAAUCAGAUAAGUUUCUAAAAGAUUCGCAGCAUGCGGUCUUCCUUCAUAUCAUUUAUAAUGGUUUUAUGUGUAAACAAAACAGUCAGAACUUGUAUGACUUCUAGAGCAAUUAUCCUCUGUAUGUUUUAUUUGUACUUAAAAUGUCUUAGCAGGUUUAUCAAAGAAUUAAGAAAUAAGUCGUAGUUUACAGCAGUAAAUCCCUUAACCUAAAAUUCACCUAAACAGAGAAUAGACAUAUAAUCACAGCCUUCCUGCCACAGAUGAACAGAUCCAGUGAUUAUACUAUUACAUUUAAUCAAAUGUUUCUCCAGAGGGAAGCUAGACUUAGCUGGUGCUAUUGUUUAUACAUUUAAAAAAAGUAAAGUAUCAUUGACUUAUGUUAUAAUAACAUUUAUCCCCAGAACUUGUUUAAAAACUAGAGUAUUCUAAGUGUGUUCUCCUGGUUUCAUAAAUUGCCCUAUUAUCUUCAAAGAGAUUGAACUGUCAUGGUGUAAUCUCAACCCAUCCAAUACAUACUCCAGGAAACUCCAACUGCCAUAUCCCCAAGAAACUCCAACUGCGAUAUCCCCAGGGAACUCCAACAGCCAUAUCCCCAGGAAACUUCAACUGCCAUAUCCACUGGGAACUCAAACUGCCAUAUCCACUGGGAACUCAAACUGCCAUAUCCCCAGGGAACUCAAACUGCUAUAUCCCCAGGGAACUCAAACUGCUAUAUCCCCAGGGAACUCAAACUGCUAUAUCCCCAGGGAACUCCAACUGUCAUAUCUCCAGGAAACUCAAACUGCUCUAUCCCCAGUAACCUACAACUGCCAUAUCCCCAGGGAACUCCAAUUGCCAUACACCAGGGAGCUCCAACUGCCAUAUCCACAGGGAACUCCAACUGCCAUAUCUACUGGGAACUCCAACUGCCAUAUCCACUGGGAACUCAAACUGCCAUAUCCACUGGGAACUCAAACUGCCAUAUUCACUGGGAACUCAAACUGCCAUAUCCCCAGGGAACUCCAAUUGCCAUACACUAGGGAGCUCCAACUGCCAUAUUCCCAUGAAACUCCAACUGCCAUAUCCACAGGGAACUCCAACUGCCAUAUCCACAUUGAACUCAAACUGCCAUAUCCACAUUGAACUCAAACUGCCAUAUCCACAUUGAACUCAAACUGCCAUAUCCCCAGAGAACUCAAACUGCCAUAUCCCCAGAGAACUCAAACUGCUAUAUCCCCAGGGAACUCAAACUGCUAUAUCCCCAGGGAACUCAAACUGCUAUAUCCCCAGGGAACUCAAACUGCUCUAUCCCCAGUAACCUCCAACUGCCAUAUCCCCAGGGAACUCCAAUUGCCAUACACCAGGGAGCUCCAACUGCCAUACGGCAAGGAGCUCCAACUGCCAUACUCCAGGGAACCCCAACUGCCAUACUCCAUGGAGCUCCAACUGUCAUACCCCAGGGAGCUCCAACUGCCAUAUUCCAGGGAACUCCAACUGCCAUACACCAGGGAGCUCCAACUGCCAUACAACAGGGAGCUCCAACUGCCAUACGGAAAGGAGCUCCAACUGCCAUAUUCCAGGGAACCCCAACUGCCAUACGCCAGGGAGCUCCAACUCACAGGGGGUAAUCCGCAUCCAUCCAGUGCAUAAUCCAGGGAACUCCAACUGUGAGCAGGCAAUCUACAUUCAAUCAUCAACAUACACUCCAGAAAGAUUUUAUUGUUAGCAUGUAAUCUACAUCCCUCCCUCACACAUCUCCAAUUGUCAGAAUAUAAUCUAAAUCCAUCAACUGAUAAGCACAUCAGGGAGAACCAACUGUCAGCAUGUACACAAGGUCCAGAUAGUAGACAACACAGGUAGCACCAACAGUUAUUGUGUAAUCUUUCGCAUCCAGAACACACAUCAGGGAGCUCCUACUAUCAGUAUAUAAUUCCCAUAGACAUCCCAAGACGAUCCAACUACCAGGUUGCAAUCUGCAUCCUUCAACUGGAAGAUCAACAUGUAUCAACAUGUAAACUACAUUGAAUCCAGCACUCACCCCAGAAAGAUCCAACUGUCAGGGAGCAUUUUGCAUCCAACCAUCGCAUACUACAAGCAGACACUGGGGACACUGGGAGACAUGGGGACACAGACACUAGAUGACACUGGGCAACAUGGGGACACAGAGUCAUGGGGACACUGGGAGGCAUGGGGCACUGACACACUGUGAUACAUAGGGACACUGUGAUACAUAGUCCCAAUGUCCCCAAGUCUCCCAGUGUUCCCAAGUGUCUCAGUGUCCCCAUGUCUCUCAGUGUCCCCUAGUGACAUGGGGACACUAGAAGACAUGGGGACACAGACACUAGGGGACACUGGGAGACAGUGAGAUACUGGGAGCAAUCCAUCUAUACAGCAGAAUAAAACUAAGUAGUUUUUUGGUGAUUUUACAGAAUUUUCUCUUAUGUCGCUUCUUGUGAUUUACAUCAUGUGAUGACACACAUACAUAAUUAGUUACGCAAAUUAGUAAGGCCUGUAUUUUUUUCCAAGAAAGGUGGCAACCCUAACUACUCUUCAAAUACUCUUGCUUAAGUAUGGAAACUUAAGAGGAUAUAUGGAAACAAAACUUGUGUGGACUAGCUGAAAUGAAAUUAGUUUAGGCAAUACUGACCUUGGUCUCUCCAACACUGUGGCAUGUUACUUUUCUUCUACACUCACUACAUCCACCUUUUCUCUGUCUCAGACUGUAUACCAGGAGCUUCUGCCUGCUAGUAAGAAUGUAAGGAGACAAGUGGACAUGUGAGUGCUAGGGGACAGUCCUUAGAAAGCAUGGAGCAAGCGCAUCAUUAGACGCAUUUAUGCCGAGCUUAGGAUGCUGUUGGCCAGCAUGCAUGAUUGGCAGGCAGUCUGACAUGCAUUCAUGCCAGACUAGCCUUCCAAUUUUUGGGGGCAGACACGCCUCCUUUUUGGUCAUGUACGUCCCUUUUGGAAGUUCUGGUUACAUGAUCCGCGUCAGUGGCCCACCUUUUUACACCGCCCAUUGACUUCCUGCUUCCAUGGACACUGCUGUUAGGGAGUAUGGGUUUACUUGAAAGAUGAAAGCAUGAUUUAGAGAGAGAUUAAGAUAUUUUAAGAUACAUAACGAUUGAGAGGUAUGACUGUUUUAGUGUUUUUGGUCUAUAAGAUUCUGUACUUAGGCCCCUCAUAAUUGUCAGCACCAGGCCCACUGGGAUCUUAAUCUGGCCCUGUCUCAACAUGUAUGCAGCUCACACAGCAAUGAGAUGCAACAUAUCCUACUGACAUUAAAACAGGUUUGUGAUAUCUAUGUCCAUGUACGAAAGGUUAGACCAAAGGACUCACAUCUCUUAUUGGUCCCAUCCCAUGAUGGGUGAUAGUAAGCUGUAUUGGGAUACCAGAUCAUCAAUCAGUUUUGUUCACACAUAUUGUCUGACUAACAAACUAAACUCUCCAAACCUCAACAUUCUAAGGACUAUAAACAACAAUCUACCAAAGCAGCUGAAUUAUGGAAUCUAUGUGAAACUAACUAUAACCCAGUAACAAUUCUCAACAUACUAACAGUAAAAAAAAUGUAAAUUAAUUUAAAAACCAAAAACCUUCUGCACUUUAUCAGGGUUAUUCACUAAGUGUGACUUGUUUGGACCUCUAAAUGAAUUGUAGACCAACACAGCAGAAUUACUAAAAAUAAAAAUAAAAAAAACUUAUAUUUUUAGUUUUGCUAUGUUGGCUUACAAUUUGAAAUUCAUAUUGAGUUACAGAAAAUGUACACUUUGGGGGAAAAAUACACGCAAAUCUUUGUAUUGCAAAUGCUUUAACUGACCACUUGGUUAGGUGUGCCACUAUGUUGAAAACAAAAUACUUACUAAAUUCUGAGUAAAUAUAUUGAAUCCAACCAUGUGCUGCCAUGCCCACCGAAGCUCCAGCCUCUUAAGUGACAACCACACUUUAAUUUCUCUUCCCUCAACACAUCUCCCUAUAGCCAUUUUGCCACAACACAUGACCUGAAAGCCAUUACCCAGCCUGUCACCAGCAAGCUAACAACAGAUGUCCAAUAUGCACAGAAUUGACAUUAGCCACUGAAGUGAUCCUGGGGCUUGGAGUAACCUUACAAUAGAACAUCGUAAGCUGAAAUAGGCUCAUGUCUUUUUAGUGCGAUAGAAUGAUUGUACAUUAAAAUAAAUGCAAAAACAAUAAGAAUGCAAAUAAUAAAAUUGAAAAAAUAUGGAAAAAAAGAUACUCACAUUUUAAGUUCCUUGAAUUACUCCAAAACUCCAGUUUGUUCAGGACUAGCAAUGAUGUAUAACCGAACCUGGAAGUGAGCGAUGCUACUUUCUAUGAAUAAAAUAAUGUACAAACAUGACAGCAAGUCCCAAAACCCAGAAGUCAUUGCAUCACGGACUCCAGUACUUCAGUACUUAUGGUGCAAAGAGGGAAACGCUGCUUUUCGUCGCUGUUAUCCCAUCAUUGUAAUCCAGGCUGCUUGCGAUAAAUGUACAAUCACGUAUGUAAAUAUAAUCUCCGAUGCCAAGUCGUUACAAAAAAUAUGAGUCAGGGAUGGAAUAUAUAGAUAUCUUGUCAAAUGAGUUUAGAUUUAUUAUUUUUUCAGAGUUAGGGUUCCUUUAAUCUUACGGGUUUGCCUGAUAUUGAUGGAAGUUACUCUCCUACGCAGCUGCUAUAUGUGGGGUAUGUGCUCUGUGCUAUCCUUUAUUCAGUCCCGUCUCUCUACAGCGAAAUGCCGGGAGAGUAGCAGGAGAGAUCCUCUUCCCCCAGCUCCUCUCUAACAUAUCAGCCUCCAUUUAAUGAGCUUUCCAAGUGAUUCCAAAUUAUUUAUUUACACGGGUCAUGGUUAAAGCCUCUGGAAAUUUUUGUAGAUGCGUCUUUUGUAUAGUUUUUCUAACAGUGUUGAAUCAUUUGGAAAGCUUAUUAAAUCAAGGCCUUCGUUAGGAACCUCGUUCCGCAGAGUGUCAGUGACACUGUACGUUACACAUUUUAAUGGCCUGAUAGUGCGAUGUCACCAACCGCGCAGUGAAGAAUUUGGAAACAUGAUCUGUGUGCUAAUGUACACCUAUUUUAAAUUAUAGCAUGCUAAGUAAGGUGGGGGGGUCUGCUCCGCGGAGGUGACAGGCGGGUGGUCGGUGCACAGAGUACCACCUUCUUGGCAAUGAGCUGCGUUAUGAAGGUCAUCUCGUUCCUUUCUACAGUCUUUCGAAGUACCGUGGAGCACCCAUAUCCCACCUCUAUCUACCCACAGUGCACGCUGUGUGCUCCUAGAUACAGGGAAGGGGUAGGUGGGAGCAUAAUAUGGGGCAAUAUUAGGAUCUAAACGACAAUGCAUCAACAACUAUAAUAGGUGACAGUGAAAAAGGAAAAUUCUAGUAAAAAAUAAAUAAAUCAAGAGAACGUGUGUUGUUAUAUUAUAUCAGAUUAUAUUAUAAUUAUAUUAUUUGUAAUAGUGUUUUACCAGGGAGAAUACAUUGAGAUUUUGCUGAUUUUCCAAAGGCUCCUUGACAUAUAUAUACUAUAUACAGACAUUUAUAUGCAGUGGAUACAGACAGGUGGUUCAGUAAAUGGAUAUGCAGAUCCUUAGACAGAAACAGUGCUGCUACUCUGAAAUUGUUGCCAUGAAUGUUACCAAAGAAGAGUCAGGACUCAGGAGAUAGAAAUCUGAUCAGUUUCAUGUCCAUCCCAAAGAUCACUGAACGUUUUCAUACAGAACUCUUUUAUAGAACUGGUGUCAGCUCUGACUCUGAUCCUAGCAGCCUUGCAUGAUAAAUACUGAGCACAGGGCAUAGAUCCCUCCAACACCUUAAGACUACAAUUCACAGGAUUUGUCUGGGAAUUAAAGGAAUGCACAGCCCUGGCAGAUGUAGACAAAGACAGACAGACAGACAGACAGACCGAGCCCUGGCAGGGACAGAGAUGUAGCCAGAGACCUGGCAGAGGUAGACAGAGAGAGACAGGAAAGGCCUUAGCAGAGACAGGCAGACAGACAGAGCCUUGGCAGAGACAGGCACAAAUAGUCCUGACAGAGACAGACAAGCAGAACACUGGCAGAGACAGGCAGACAGAGCCUUGGCAGAGACAGACAGAGCCCUGACAUAGACAAAGAGACUGACAGUCAGAUCACUGGCAAAGACAGACAAACAGACAGAGCCCUGGCAGAGAGAGACAGGCACGUUUUUAGCAGCGACAGGCAGACAGACAGAACCCUGACAAAGACAGACAGGCAGAUCACUGGCAGAGACAGUCGGACAGAGUCCAGGCAGAAAAGGCAGACAGAGCCAAACAGACAGAAUUCUUGCAGAGACAGACAGACACACAGACAGAGUUCUGGUAGAGAUAGACAGAGAGACAGAGAGACAGACAGAAUCCUUGCAGAGACAGACAGACACACAGACAGACAGAGCUCUGGUAGAGAUAGAUAGACAGACAGAGCCAGGCUGGAUGACCUGCUGGGGUGACAAGGAUAUAAUCUGAUAAUUAGCUCCCAAUCUGAAACCCUCCAGGCGUCAGUCUGCAGCCCAACAUGUCACACCGUGAAAAGAAACAGACUAACGAGAAUUUAAUGACUGGAAAACGCCUAUAAAUGAACUGUAUCCGGCACACUCCCACACACACAAUGCACAAAGCUCUCAGACACCUGCAUCUCCCAACCCUACCUGCUCUGUCAUGUCCUGCAUCAUGGUACGUACUACUCCUUUAGCCACGCCACAAUGCCUGGGGAAAACUCUUACCUGCAGGACUGGGUGUGUCAUUUGUAGCAAAGUGUCCAGCUGUAUACAAUGAUCUUACUUAGAAAUGUUUUAUUUUACCAUUAGCUUACUAUCUUAUUAUAUAAGUGUAUAAUAAUCAUCACAAUUCAAUUUCUGUUCGUGUCUAUGUAUUUUAUAGGGAUACUGCUACCAAUAAAACUCUGUUAUAAAACUGUGUCCAAUAGUAUUUUGUGCGAAGUGUAACAUUGUGUGCUAACAUAACCUGAUAUUAUGGAAAAUCUUUGUAAUUAUUAUUAGUUAUUAAAAAAAAAAAAAAAAAAUUGUACAUGGAAUACUGCAGUGGGUGAAAUUUAUUAUGAUUUAAAGUUAAUAUAUUUAACAAAAUUCCAAAUAUUAGAAUAAUAUUCCACCGAAUGUCUUAGAAUUAAAUGUUAUUUCAUAACAUGCAUUUGGGUGAAUCUAACAUAAAAUGUAAUUAAUAAUAAAAUGAAUGAUGGUAUCACAAAUUACACUAUGUAACAAAUAAUAUAAUAUAAUAUAUAAUAUAAUAAUUUAAUUAAUAUAAUAUAAUACUUUAAAUAUUCUGGAAAACAAAUAUAAAUUAAAACGUUCUGUGCUUUGAAAAACAGAGCAAGACUAUUAAGAGAAACCAACACAUUUUAUUUCUAAGGACACAUAUUUAUAUAUUAUAUAUUUAUUUAUAAAGUAUGUGUCACAUGUUGCACAUAUUUACAUAUUAUAUUUUGUUUUAUAUAUGCGUACAUUUUUUUCAGUAAGGAGCAAGUUUUGUAGACUUGAAAAUUUCUAAGAUUUACCCCAAACGCACAGCAUCUCUGAAAAAAAAAAAAAAGAAUUAACUAAAAACCCGUUUCGUUUUUAGUGCAUUUUUAUUAAAUUUUUGUUAAAAAUUAUUACCUGAUAUAUCGCUAUACAAUUAUCAAAAUUCAUCUAUGUAUAAUUAUUCUGAUUUCAUUUUUUCUAUAAUGAUAACUAGAUAUAUCUCUAUAUAUAUAAUUAGCAGUUUAAUUAUAAAAAUGCUGUAAACACAUUUUAUUAAAGACAUUGUAUCAGAUGGGUUUUUUUUAAUCAGUUCUGUUGUCUGUUACAUUUACCUAGCAGAGUAGAUAUCUGUAUAUUUUAUAUUAUUUGACAUUUUUUAAGCCGAGUGAUGUAAAUGUAAUUGUAUCUGAUUUCUUUUUCAUUUGAAAUGGUCGAUAAUCCAGGGGAGUCUGUGAAAUCAGCAUUAAGUUCUUGACUCACUGAUUAAAGCGGGAUUAUUGAAUCGCAGUGAGGGUAGCUGUGUCCUGCUGUUUAGAAUUGGGAAUUAAGCACAGGAUCUCAUAUAAAGUAGUGAUGGUUUCAUGUUGUCUAGAGUGCUGUCCUGCACACACAGUGAAAAUCCUAAUCUGCAAGGUCACCUGGCUAUACCAGCCCUGUGUUCACACACAUACAUUACUAUACCUGUUCUGCACACACACUCACAUACAAUCAUAUACCUGCCCUAAACACACAUUACUACACCUGCCCUGAACAUACACACACUGUACUACACCUGCCCUGAAAACAGAAACACACACAUUACUACACCUGCCCUGACCACACAAACACACACAUUACUACACCUGCCCUGAACACAGACACACACACAUUACUACACCUGCCCUGAACACACAAACCCACACAUUACUACACCUGCCCUGAACACACACACACAUUACUACACCUGCCCUGAACACACACACACACACAUUACUACACCUGCCCUGACCACACAAACAGAAACAAACAAUUUACUACAACUGCCCAAAAUAUACAUACACACUUUACUACACUUGUCCUGGACAUACACACACUUAACUACAUCUGAACAAACACACAUUACUACACCUGCCCAGAGCACACACACACACACAUUACUACACCUGUCCUAAAUUUACUUGCACUCACCCUACUACACCUGAACACACACACAUAUUACUACACCUGCCCUGAAUAUACACACGUUACUAUAACUCAGAAAACACACACACACACUACUAUACCUCAACACACACACACACACAUUACUAUACCUCAACACACACACACAAACACAUUACUAUACCUCAACGCACACACACACAUUACUACAGCUGCUCUGAAUAUACACACACACACACACAUACAUUACUACACCUGCCCUGAAUAUGCACACACAUUACUAUACUUCAAUACACACACACACACACACACACACAUUACUACACCUGGCAUUCACACAGAUUACUGCACUUGCUUUGAAUACACAGACUACUAUACAUUUCCUGCACACACACAUUACUACAGUACUUCAUUACUAUACCUGUCCCGUACACAUACACUACCCCGCCUGGCUUUCACACACAUUAGUACACCUACCCUGAAUAUAUAUAAACACACACACACACACACACACACUACUAUACCUUCCCUGUACAAACACAUUACAACACCUUCCCUGAUUACCAUACACAUACAUACACACAAACAUUACUACAUACACAGCGAUAAAUCCAAACUGCCUACUAAAGCUCCUUGCAACAGCUAAUAAAUGGAUACAUUAAUAUACCCACAUGGUAUAACACACAUAUAACUAAAAAUCAUAUAAUAAUGUAAAAACGUUACAUAAUCAAAUAGGAAUAUAUCUACAAAAACACUCAGGUAUCUAUUGCACACAUAUACACUACUUUUACUGAACUCAGACACAACACACACCUGUACAAAGUGUAUACUUGUCAUCGGUGUGACAAAUACUGAGCACAAAUGUCAGUCAGACUGAUUAUUUAUUUCACUGUAAUAAACUAGUGGAUCUGAAACAUAUAUAAUUAUUAUUUAUAUAUAUUAUAUUAUAUAUUAUAUUACUAUGCUAAUAGUAAUAAUAGAGCUGAUAUCUUACUGACCCUUUCAUGUUACUUGAAAAAAAACAACUAAAUUCAGUGUAUAUAUAUAUUUAUUUAUUUAUUUAACUUUGCAUUUACAAAAUAGAACGAUGCUAGAAAUUAUAAGAAAAAUAACAUUGGUAAUAAAAUAAUAUUAUUAAUAUUACUAAAGUAUGGUUUAUAAAUUCAUUAAUAUUUUAUUGCAUUGUUAAUAAUACUUUUAUAUCUGUAUUGUAUGUUAUAUACAAGCAUUCAAAAACAAUUACACACCAAAACAAAUUGCAAACUUUAACCCUUUAUUCUCAGAGCUCUCAGCAUCCUUCUUCCGUUUAAAAAUAGGUCGAUUUUAGCAGUUUGGUUUGUGUUAAUUUUUCCAUAUCACAAAUAGAUUACAUGUGAUUUUUUUUUAUUUAUAUUUAAAUAUAUCAACUGAAUUCAAAAACACAGAAAAAAAACAAUUCAGCCAAAACGUUAUAAAAUAAUUACUCAAGAAUAAAUAAUAGAAUCAUUUUAUAAUGCUAACUGAUAUCUGUGAUAUUUUCCAAGAUGUUAAAGAUUUCCAUACAGUAUUAUCUCUGAAUUAAUUAAUACAACUAUUCAGUAAUUAACAAAAAAAAGUGCAGUAUUUGAAUUGCAUGUCACCGAUUGAUGUGUAUAUUAUAAUUAUUAAUCUAUGCAUUUAUUAUAUCUUAGCCUAUUCUGUGCAAUCACGGUUUAAAUGCAUUCAUUUCUCUUUGAUACAAAUUAAAGUUUCUUUUAAUAAUCAGUUAACCUUUAAUUAGGAAUUUAGGGAUUACUGUCAUCACACCAUAGGGCACCAGAUUUCAUUUAAUAUCUGAUUAUUUAUUUAUUAGAACAAACUUUCUGUGCGAUUGGAGUUUAUUUCCCUAAUUGGAGAAAUCAUACAAAUGUCAUCAAUCAAUAUACACACACAGUAUAAUAUAUAGACUCUGUGUCCCCCUAUUUAACCUACUCCUCUAAUGUUCCCUGUUUAACCCAGGUAGUGUUCCUUUCUACACUGACCCCCCCCCCCCCUUUUUAACCACUCUAGUGUCCCUUCAUUUACUAGCUCCCUCUAUUUAACCCUGAUAGUGGGUUUUUUCACUCUUACUAAAUGAUUGUCCCCUUAGUUUAUUCUGCGAGUUUCCUUUUUUCUACUACUGUCACCUAUUUAGCCCUUAUAGUGCCCCUUACUCAACCACUGCCCCCUAUUUACCCUUGGCUACCCCUUAUUAAAAUAGUGCCCCCUAUUUAGCCCUUAUAGUGCCCCUUACUCCACAACUGCCCCCUAUUUACCCUUGGCUACCCCUUAUUAAAAUAGCGCCCCCUAUUUAGCCUUAUAGUGCCCCUUACUCAACCACUGCCUCCUAUUUACCCUUGGCUACCCCUUAUUAAAAUAGUGCCCCCUAUUUAGCCCUUAUAGUGCCCCAUACUCAAUCACUGCCCCCUAUUUACCCUUGGCUACCACUUACUCAAAUAAUGCCCCCUAUUUAAUCCUUAUAGUGUCCCUUCUCUAUAAGUGCCCCCAUUUAACUCUUAUAGUGUCUCUUACUCAAAUAGUGCCCCUAUUUAACCCAUCUAUUGCCACUUACUCCAACUGUGCCCCCAUUUAACCCUAAUAGUGUCCCUCUCCCUCAGUGCCCCAAUUUUAACCCUGCUAGUGCCCCUUACUCCCUUAGCCCCCCAUUUAAUCCUGACAUUGCCCUUACUCCAUCAGUGCCCCCUAAUUACCUCUGCUAGUGCCUCUUAUUUCAUUAAUCCCCCAUGUAAUCCUUCUAGUGCCCCUUUCUUACCUAGAGCCUCCUUAUUUUAACCCUUGUUAGUUCUCCCCUUGUAUUGUCUCUUGCUCCCAUUAGUCCCCCUUACUUUACUACUGCCCAUAUAUUAGCCUGUUAUAGUAGUAACUCCACUUGUACCCCUAAUAUAUUGAACCCUGCUAAUGAAUGUUGGCAUUAGUAUGUUACUGAAAUAUUGCAGUGGGGUUUAAUGGGUUAGUAAAUACUGAAGAAGAAGUGUGAGUAAAGUUUGAAGUAUUUACACCAGAGAGAAACAACAUUGCUCACAAUCCCUUCUUUGGUAGUUUGUUUUAGGUUGGCAUUGUUAUAUUUGCAUUUUAUUCAAACAGGGCCCCCUAUUCCACUAGUGCUAUCUAUCUUGUUAGUGUCCCCUAUUUAACCAUUUAAUUAAGCCAUCAGACACUGAAAAUGUCACUGUCCAUUAAUUUGUACUUAACCUGCUGUGCUUACAGCAUAUUUUUUAUUAAUUAAUCCUAAAUCAUUCAAAUGGCACAGACUGUUCAGACAUUUACUGAAUGGGUUAACGUGACAGUUAAACACGUCUGACCCUCACAGGUAAUAUUUAAGGCUAUGUAAAUAUCACUUAGUUCCCUAUUUUAUUAAAAUCCCAAAUCAAUAAACUAAUGAAGGGUGCACUUUGUACUGACUGCAAAGCUAUAUUAUUGACUAAUAUGUUCUAAGGUUAAUGUGUGGUUAAUAUGUAAAAUGGAAUAUGUCUUUAAAUCAAAGUGUCAGGCCUGUGUGAGCAAAUGGUGGAUUUCAAGGAAGUGCCAUCUAUAUCCUUAUAAAGACCUUAAUACAAUGUAUAGCUGCCUAUCACCUCAAUCCAGCCGCUGCUGUCAUCCAAGGGGACUAUUAACUUAAACGGCGAGUUGCAGACAGGUGACUACGUACUUGUAAAUUGAGGCCCAAAUGGCCAACUUAGAAAAGUUUCCUUCAUAUUUGGUUGAGGUGACAGUUUAGGCAAACGUUCUGCAAACUGACAGUGAGCUCAGUGCCUUUCAUUGGCAGUAAUGUGUGUACAUGAGAGCUAAAAUACUUUAUAGAGCCAUGUUUUGUUACCAAUAUAUAAUUAUUAUUAUUAUCCAUGAACCACUCACAAGGGUUGGAUAAUCAUAAGGAAAAGUUAGUUCAGGAAACGUGGUGAUACACAGUCAGAGUUAUUUAAUAAAGUAUGGAUUAUUGAGAAUUCAAAAUGCAUUUAACCCCUUAAGGACACAUGACAUGUGUGACGUCAUGAUUCCCUUUUAUUCCAGAAGUUUGGUCCUUAAGGGGUUAAAGGUUAAGGCCAAAGUAGCUCAGAAAAUAUCUCCAAGUCAUUUUAGAUGCUUUAACUUUAAAUGUGAAAUCCACUUUACAUAAACGAUAAAUCACACUUAAGUAAAUAACUUUGAGAGAGGUAGGUACGCAAAGUUGUGUGUCUCUGUAUAUUGGGUAAUGUGACAAUGUGUGAGAUAAUAUGGGGAUAACUAUGACUACACAUAUAAGGGGCCAUGUGAGAACAUAUGGCGCAAUAAAUACACGUGGCAAUGUGAUAAAAGAUAGGGAGAAAUUAUGUGGGGUAAUAGUACCAUAAUAUGGUGAAUGUUGAAAAUGGAGGCAAUAGCUGCACAAUUAGUUAUUAAAGGGAUGUUCCAAACACCUAAAGCACUUUAGGAGUUUGGCCACUUUGUCAUUUUACAAAACUGGAGAUUUCAAUAGAAAUGGUCACUUUUAUAAAUUAACCUUGUUACACCCCCUGGCUGUCAAUCAGACAACCGAUUCUGUUACUUCCUGGUUUGGUUAGCUCAGUGGAGCUUAAUUCAAGAGGCAGCAAUUGCCCAGAGCACCUGCCUUGCAAAGACUUCUCAUUGAGCUGCACUGGGAAAUACUGUGAUUGUACAGCCAUAGAAAGUCUAGCUUUGCAAAGGCUGCCGACAAGAGAUCUGCAGCUUUUACGAGCUGUUUUUAGAUAUACCCUCAGUGAAAAAAAAAAAUCAUAAUUAAAAGAAUGCAUGUGGACAGUGGAAUGUCCUGGUAAGUAUUUAAGGAUUAUGACAUAAGUAAGUAAGCAUUGAUUAAAUAAAAAAUGAUUUGUAUAAUUUAUUUUUUUAUUGUUACAACAAAAUUGCGUCAACUCAUUCCCACAGUACAUUGAACGUAUGAUCAUAUUACAUUAUACAUUUCAGGACUAUUUAACCCCUUAAGGACCAAACUUCUGGAAUAAAAUGGAAUCAUGACAUGUCACACAUGUCAUGUGUCCUUAAGGGGUUAAACACAUCUAGGUUAAAUGUUAAAUAUAGAUAUAUGUGAAUCAGGUUUUAUUAAAGGGGUACUGUCAAUUACCUGGAUUCUAGAUAUUAUGCUUAUUUAUCCCUAUAUUUAACAAAUAUGUAUUUGUGAGGUGUAAUUAAGGUCUAAUUACAUUUAGAAAUCCACAAAACUCUAUCCUAGAACUGGGUACCUGCAUCUUAGCUCUCUGUCAAUCAUUGUUAUAAUUUUUUAUGUUUUAUUGAAAGGUGCAAAUUCCAGAUAAGUGAAUGUCCCCUUGAAACCCCCGACAAUGUUGCUGCAAUUUAGUUCUUCCAAUUCUCAGGCUAGCUUCCAAAUGUUCUGGACAGGCAGGAAAAGGUUUCUUCUCAGAUGGUGUCAUAAGCAUCUGCUUAACAUUGUACGAUAAGAUUUAUGUAGGAACCUGCAGUCUUGAUGGUUUCUCCAUAGAUAGUCAUUUUGUACAGAAUAGCAGAAUUGGAAAAUUUCCCCAAGUCAGCUAUACUUUGGCCUUCAGUUUUUAAAUCUCUAUGAAUUCCUGAAAGAUCAAACUUUGGUAAGUUACCAUGUUAGAGUAAGAGGACCUCUGGUACAAACAACUUGUUGGGAUAUAGAUCUAAAAAUACUUGCAACCCAGAACCAAAUCACCAUAAUUGCCCUUUUAAUUUUUACUCUAUAACUGGCCCAGGUAUGUCUCGGUAGGUCGGUGUGGCAAACCUAGCCACUUGUAAUAAUCUGGACUAUGUAUAUAAAAAGAUUGCCUGUAUUAUUCCUGUAACUCUUGUAUUGCCUGGCUGUAUCCUGUGUGUUAUUAUAUGCUGUAUUGAAUUUGUAUGCUAGCUGCCGUAAGCCGCUAGCAUUCAUGUGUUUCGUUUCACGAACAGCACCAUUGCGGGCGUGAACACCGCUGGGCUUCCAGGCCAUUCGGGAGCUCCGGUCUUUCGCUAUUAGGGUUCCCCCAUCGGUGUUCGGUACUUUGGGGCGAACUCAAUGGCAAGUGUGUUUGUGUUUCGUGCGGCAUUCGGUUGUUUUAGCUGGGAUCUGAGCGGUAUUCUCACGAACUGUGCACUCAGACCCCAGCUAUCUACCAAACGUCCAUUCGUUUAAAUCUGCCAAGUAUUCGAAAAAGUUAUAUAUUUAAAAGUGAAUUGUCGGUUCUGUUGCACGGAGGGAUAAUCCACUUAAUGGUAUAUUCCAGUGGGAGUAUCCCUCUCGUGCAGCAGUGCCUGAUGGGAGAAAUGCCCAGAAUGUUAAGUCCCCCAUGUAGUCCCCUACUGUGUUACUCCUGCUAUGUCAGUAGGGAAACCCCUUGCAUGGGGACUUGCAUAAAUACUGGAUGCUGUGAAUAAAAACCUCAGUUGACUCCCAGAACUGUGUUUCGUCCGGUUACUGGGGGAUUUGGAAUAUUGCCUUACUUUUCAGCGCUUGACUGUGGAUUACCUUCUUUACCAGCGGAGUUCGUGGGAUUUAAUAUUGCCGCUCCGCUACAGUCGGUUCAACAGCAGCUCCUUAAAGUGAAGUUAGGCUACAGGAAUAAUGAUUGGCCAUUUCCAGACCUCUGACCUUCUUAGUGCAGCCACAAUAAAAACUCAUUGAUAUCCGCAUUCUUAUCUUCACUGCCGUCAGUAAUUAGAAUCCACACUUGUAUUAAUUUAAUUUAAAAUGCAUCUAUUUUUCUUUGAAUUGAAUGUGGAUACUACAGUCUUAGAAUAUUCAUCACUCUUCCCAGUCUAUUUGUAAAUCAGAUUUGUCAUUCAGAUGAGUGGAAUGACCUUACGUUUCUUAACUAUAAAAUAAAUCAAUCGACGCAGCCCUGAAUUCACAGGAAGUCGAUAGACUUAUUUAUGUGCAUGUCUGAUCACUUGGCUAUAUCUUUAUUUUCGAGAACUUAGCAGCUCUUACAACAUCAAAGGAACACAACAAUAUAUUUAUUUUUCAUUUGAAGAAUUAUUUAACUUAUUUAGAUUACUGAUUUCUGUUGUUUAUUAGUGAUGUCCCGAACGGUUCGCCGAACGGUUCGCGAGUGGUUCGCCACGAACGGUUCGCCACGGACUCAUCAUUGAGUAAACUUUGACCCUGUACCUCACAGUCAGCAGACACAUUCCAGCCAAUCUGCAGCAGACCCUCCCUCCCAGACCCUCCCACCUCCUGGACAGCUCACUAAGAAUGCAGCUUCAAAUGGAUGCUGUCCAGGAGGUGGGAGGGUCUGGGAGGGAGGGUCUGCUGCUGAUUGGCUGGAAUGUGUCUGCUGACUGUGAGGUACAGGGUCAAAGUUUACUCAAUGAUGAGUCCGCGGCGAACCGUUCGGCGAACCGUUCGGCGAACCGUUCGGGACAUCACUAUUGUUUAUCAGUAAUAUCCAUAAAACGUACCUUUAUUCCAGGGCUGGGAGUAUCCCUUCACCUUAGCCCAAUUAAUCUUCUGAUUAAGUCUUGACUUUUGUCUAAUCGGAUGAUUGUCAUAGGGAUGUAUUGAUGAAACGCAGUGCAGAAAACAAAUAUAAACACAAAAUUUCACCAAGGUUUGUAACUAAGUGGCUACUAAAAAAGACGGACAUUGUCCAUUUUGAAUACCCUGGGGUGUAUUAUUGCAAAUGGUAUGCCAUGAUGGGGGUAAUUUUCACUUCUGGGCUGCUAAAUGGUGUUCAAUAAAAACAUGGCAACAUUUCAUUCUUUGUGUGUUAUUAGUUUAACCCCUUAAGGACACAUGACAUGUGUGACAUGUCAUGAUUCCCUUUUUUUCCAGAAGUUUGGUCCAUAAGGGGUUAAGCAGACUGUGAUUGUCUCUUGUUGUGACUUAGAUGAUGAUCAGAUCACAUUUUAUGACCAAUUUGUGCAGAAAUCCAUAUCAUUCCAAAGGGUUCAUAUACUUUUUCUUGCAACUGUAUGUAAUGUAAAAUAAAAGUCCUGUUUCUCCUGAACAUGAUAUAUAAUAAGUAUGGAUGCACUUAAUAUGAAAGAGGUAAAUUAUGGUUGAACAGAAAUAUAGCUCAAAUUCUAGGUUUUGUUUUGGUUCAGAACUUGGACAAUUGCCUUUGUACUUAAGGGGUUAAGUAGAUAUGUAACGUCCAAUGAAAACAUGCUUGUUUUUAAUCAUGCAUUUUUUCAUUGGGGAUAUAUCUAAAAACAGCUUGUAAAACCUGCAGUUCUAUUGUCUGCUGCCUUUGCAAGCCCUCCCCUUCUAAACCCGCCCAGACUUUCUGGGGCUGUCCAAUCACAGGCUUCCCAAUGCAGCUCAAUGAGAACAAAGUCUUUGCAAGGCAGGUGCUCUGGGCAAUUGCUGCCUCUUGAGUUUAGAUCCACUGAGCAAACCAAACCAGGAAGUAACAGGCCCUAUUGUCUGAUUGACAGCCAAAGGGUAUAAAAAAAGUAAAUGUAUUAAAGUACCAAUUUCUACUGAAAUCUACAUUUUAUGUAAAAUGAAAAAAAAAGAACACACUCUUCAAUCAUAAAGCACUUCAGCAAUAUUAUAUUUGAAAUUCUCAUUAAAUUUAUUAAUGAAACUUGACUUUCUUGUAUCUGCCUGAGCAGCCAUGUUAGGUCAGACUAUACUGUUAUCUGACCAACUGCUGCUCAACCUAACUUGCUAAUGCUUUGAUUUUUCCAUGUGAAAACUGCAGCAGCAGCAGCAGCAAGUUUGGUUGAGCUGCAAUUGAUAAGAUAAUAGCGGAGUCCAAACCAAAAUGGCUGCUCAGCCAGAGAAAAAGUUACAUUUAAAAAAAAAAAAAAUUAUAUAAACAAAAAAAUAAUUAUGUUUUAUUAAAUGUAAUAAACCUUUAAAAAAAAUUGAGAAGUUAAAAUUUCAUGAAAGUUUUCCUUUAAAUGUGAUACAAUUCUAAACUCAAUGAAUAACCAUGUUAAAGGGUGAAUUUAGGAAAAUUCAUAAGCAUUUUUUUUUUUUACUAAACUCAGAAUUAAUUUGUAUUUAAAGCCAAAUCUCAGGCAAAAAUAGCUGAUCUAGAAAAGUUAUCAUACUCAACUGUGGACACGGCUUAGCUAGUCUUGCCUGUAUUUUGCAACUGAGCUUAUAAUUUCCUAUAAUUCUGAGUUUAGUUCAUAAAACCUAAUGUGUAUUUCAAAUAUUAAACCAAAAAAAGCCAAACUAAAAACAUGGCUGCCUUGAAAAGCAGGCAGUAUGAAAUGGCUGAGAAUUGUGGGAUAUGUAGCCUGCAAAGGUGGAGUGAGUAUUAUGGCAAAUGUAUGCUAAGGGUAGCCAUGGCUGGUUUAGAGUCUAGUUACUAACAUCAGGUGAUGGAUGUAAAGCUGGUGAACAGCUAUCUUUUAUGUACGUAUUCAAUAUAACUCAUAAUCCGUUACUUUACUAAUUAUAUAUUUUUUAAUGUGAUGACAUCAUAACAUUUUUAUUCUAAUGGGCUUUAGCAAAAUCUAGUUUGAAUUUUUAGUCCGAAAUAAGCCAAAUUGGAAACAUUUUACAAUUUUUUUAUUUUUUGGGGGCUCUAACUUUAAAAUUCUUUAUAAAUUUACACUUUGGUAAAUAAGAUUUAAAGUCUUAUUAAAUGAAAUGUGGAAUAUGCGGAUUAAUGCUUUAUGAGGGAGAUUUAUAUGUCUCUGAACAAUUAGUCUUUGCACCGGGAUUAACGCCUGUUUUUGAUCAAAUAAAUCCCUCCUCAUGGAUUAGGGGGACCUGGUAUACCAAUGCUUUUUAAACUUGAGGGUAAAAUAUGAAGACCUUGACAUCUAUGCAAACUAUGGGGCAACACUUUUCAUGUAGUGCCCUUCAGUACAAAGAAAUUCUACGUGCAGGAAAACCUGGUGAAUCUAACAUGAAGUGGAGUACAGGUGUGUCAGUGAGAAUAAAUUAGUCACUCAUUAACUUAUUUGAGCAAAAGGAAUUGAAUGAAAUUUGGACCUGUUUGUUAGAUCCUAAGUGCAAUUUGGAGAAUGAGGUUCUACUGUUUGAGUAAAACAUUCCCGUUAGUUAAUGGUUCGUUAACCCCCUCAUUUCCUUCCAGUCUCUUAUACAUAUAUAUCUAUCCUGACUUAUUCUGGUUGUAUUAGCUGAACUGUGGAGAAUUGACAAGGAAACUGCAAAUUGUAAGGCAUCGAAAUUGGAUAAAAUAUCUCCCAGCUCAGUGCAUUGGCCUACAAUUCUACAUUCUCUCUUUUCCAGCUUGUAUACCAUCUGGAAAAACUAUCUUCUGUCUAUGUAUGUGCAUAUAUUUUACCUUGUAUAUAGGGUUAUUAGAUCCAUUGAUUUUUCUUUAAAUAAAUUCUAUGUGUUCACAGGCUGUACAUGAAAGGUUCUGCCGCAGACUAUGUAGACUUGACUUGUUGCAGUAUUACUCAUUGAUAAGUGGCUUCCUACUAGCGUCAUUUUAGACAUUUGCAAUCCAUUUGGUUCCGAGUCGACUUUCAUUUGAAAUUGGUGCCAAAUCGGCAAUUCUGUACCAUAUGAAUCAAAUCUAGGAAAAACAAAACAAAUGUACUGAUCAAUGUCAAAUGGGCUUGUUUCAGAUCCAUUCUAUUUGAUAGGCAUAGCAAAUUAAGGAAUUAUCUGCUAAAGCCCUUUUCUUAAUUUUGAUCUUCCAGCUGUUUAGUAGAUAGCUUCCUAAUUUGGGACACUAUAGUCAUCAGAACCACUACAGCUUAAUGUCCUGGUGUCUACAGCCUGUCCCUGCACUCCUUUUAAUGUAAACACUGCCUUUUCAGAGGGCUUUAUUUUAUCAGCAGUUUAGCAGGUAGCUCCCGAAAUGAAUACUUACUUUGUGACUGUCACCUUCCUGUAAUAAUGGGUGCCAGCAAAAUGUUGAUGGAGGAUUCAUUUACUGCCAGUAUAUAAUGUUCUACUCCUUUCCAAUCAGCAGGAAAUGUCAGAGGAGAGUUUUUAAUGUCUGAUUAUUUAUGAUGAUACAGACCAUCGAUGGACCGGUAUGGGUUUCCAAAUCCUUGUCUUGUCUUCUUGUGUUUCUGUGUACUUGUUUGGGGUGAGAUAUAAAAAAGUGUCUUCUAAUUGCUGCGGACAUAUUGGAUAUUGUACAAUUAAUUUAUUCAUUUAGCUGAUGACUCUAUUUAUACUCCCUAAUCUUGGUGUUUAGGCUCCCUGCGAUUGCCGCUAAGAGAAAUGAAUCUGAAUUUUUGUUCUGUAUCUGUCCAUGAUCACUUUUAACGUGUGAGAAUGAAUUCACUAAAGUGUGAAUUGUGGUAAAUUCCAAACAAAUUUCAAAUUUUUAGCCACAAAGAGAAUUCUACAUUGCCAUGGUUUAGUUUGACCUAAAAUUUUGAAUUCCUGAAAUUUUAUACCUUAACUAAAGUGACCGUUAUUAUAUUAGCAUAAAAAAUUUGCCAAUUUGGAAACUGUUUUUUACAAUUUAGAGUUUAGUAAAUAAUCUGGAAGGUCGUGAUACAGGUGCCAAUGAGGUUUUAGUGGUUUUUGUUUUUGGGCUCUACAAGAAUAAGGAGCUGGAUUAAAUUUAUUUAAAAUAAAAAAAAAAGGCUCCGUUUUUAUUUCAUUUUUAUUUAUUUUGAUACAUUUAUUGCUCUGCGUAUUUCUAAAACCAGAAUAUUUGAAAAUGUAUACCCUAGUUCUGGAAGUGGAGUACCCAACUUUGUUACACAUUACCACUGCCAGUGCCUUUUUUAUUAUCUAUAUUUUUGGAUAUGCAGUUGCACAUAGCUGAACAUAAAGAUCUAUAACAAGAAAGAUAGGUACAAUGAAUAUCAGCAAAACAUGCGUAAGAAAGUAGUAACUAUAUAUUUUUUACGUAGCUUGUCACAGAUAUGAGCUUACUCUACGGUUAGAAGGUGAUUAGCCUAUUGACUUAAUGCAUUGCAACUUUAAACUGUGCACUAAAAAAAUGUAUACAAAAUGUUAGUUGGUUAGCGGGUAUUAAGGUGCCUCCGGCAGUAUAUAGACCACAUGGAGGCGUUCUAGAAGCUGGUGGCGUCUUUGCCCACGCUGAAAAUGAGAGAUGUAUAAAAAGGUAGCACCAGGUGAAGGCCUAAAUGAAAGGAAGCCAGCGUGCCAGGGUUGUGGAAGCAGUCAUGCAAUUCUUCUACUAGGUCGCAAUGUACCAAACUUGCAAAUGUAAAUAUAUUAGAGUACUCAUACACCAGCCCCGAGCUGAAUAAAGAACCCUCACUAUGUCACCGCAGACCGGGAUCAAAGAGUGCUUAGGUUUUUCUCCUCAGGGGGACUUCAUGGGGUCCAGGAACGAAGUUCACAACUUCUUUUUCAUUUCCCUUGGUUGGACUUCCACAGAAGCAGGCAGUGUAAUGGGUGCAAGCCUCAAAUCAGCUUAGGUAGACUCCAAAUGGGAAUAUCAGUGCCAAGGGAGGAAAACAUGCCAGGUACCAGGUCUCUGUGGUCUCCCACCUUAUUGUUGCUUAUCUUCCUUCGCAAGGUAGGUAGUAGAUGUUGUCUGAGUUCGAUGUUCAGAUAGCUACUCCAAAAGCUCUCACAUAGUCUAUUGAAUCAAGUCUGGAUAUCCUUGGCGGAAGCCAUGCUCCUCUUCUGGAAACCUUGCAACCAUCUUGUAGCGGGCUCUGGUACCACACUAGUGCAAGGUGUGUUCAGGUAACUUCUUCUGCUAACAACCUCCGCUGUGGGAACUGGAUUAACCCUCACCGGUCCAAGGGAGCUAAGAAAGCGAAUAUACAGGCUGCGCUAGGCCAGGAGAUUGUCCACCUCUCCCAUCUGUAGUGUUUGCCAGGACUCGCAGGCCGAUGUCUAGGAUUCCAUGCAAAUGGCUUGAAAUGAAUGCGAGAAUUGCCAAAAGAGAGCACCCUUGAGUACAGGAUGAGGUAAGUAGUCACUGAGGGUGUCAGACUGGCGUAAAACAUGCAGUUUGGCUACUGAUUUUGUAGGAUCAGUGAGGAGCUCUCACCAAGCAUGUCUGCUUAGCUUUGAAGAUCAAGUGUUUAGCGUUUUAGUAAAGAUGAGAAAAACAACCUAUAAUAAACGCGUUGGGUAUCCCAUUCCACUAAUAGACUCCCUAGUAAUUUUAUAUAAUUUUGCCUGAAAACUGCAUGGUUUAAUGUACACCUUGUUCCAAAUUAUUAUGCAAAUUCUAUUUAAGUGUCACAAAGAUUAAAUAUUUUGUUUUUCAGUUCAACUCAUAGAUGGCAUUGUGUCUCAGGGCUCUUUUGAUCACUGAAAACAAUCUCGGACACCUGUGAUAAUUAGAUUGCCAGGUGAACCCAAUUUGAGGAAAAACUACUAAAGGACUAAAUUAUUCAGCAGAGCACCAUUUUCAUGCAAUAUGGGGAAGAAAAAGGAUCUUUCUGCUGUCGAAAAGAGUGAAAUAGUUCAAUGCCUUGGACGAGGUAUGAAAACAUUAGCUAUUUCACAAAAACUUAAGCAUGAUCAUCGCACUAUUUGGAGAUUUGUGGCUGAUUCAGAGCACAGACGGGUUCGUGCAGAUAAAGGUACAUUGAGGAAGAUUUCUGCCAGAUCCAUGCAUCGGAUCAAGAGAGCAGCUGCUAAAAUACCAUCACAUAGCAGCAAACAGAUAUUUGAAGCUGCUGGUGCCUCUGGAGUCCCACGGACAUCAAGGUGUAAAGUCCUCCAGAGUCUUGCAACCGUGCAUAAACCUUCUAUUCAGCCACCGCUAACCAAUGCUCACAAGUAGAGGAGUUUCUGACGGACCACUUUCUUCCCUGGUACAGAAGGAAGAACUAUGUUUUCCGUAAUAAAAUCAUCUUCAUGCAUGACAAUGCACCAUCUCAUGCUGCAAAGAAUACAUCUGCAUCAAUGGCUGCUAUGGGGAUAAAAGGAGAGAAAGUCAAGGUGUGGCCUCCAUCCUCCCCUGACCUCAAUCCUAUUGAGAACCUUGGGAGCAUCCUCAAGCAAAAGAUCUAUGAGGGUGGGAGGCAGUUUACAUCCAAACAGCAGCUCUGGGAGGCUAUUCUGACAUCUUGCAAACAAAUUCAAGCAGAAACUGUCCAAAAACUCACAAGUUCAAUGGAUGCAAGACUUGUGAAGCUGCUAUCAAAUAAGGGGUCCUAUGUUAAAAUGUUGUUAUACGUUUGAUUGAAAUAGCUUUUGAUUUCAGUAAAUAUGCUGCAAACACAACAAAUGACAAUUUUCAGUUCUUUACAACCUAUAAAGUGUUUUGAAACUUACUGUGCGUAAUAAUUUGGAACAGCGCAUUGUACGGUUUUUUUAUGUUUAAAAAAAUACUGUUAUCAUUAGGAGGUUUGUUCAAUAAAAUGUGAAUUGUACUCUUAAUAGUUGAUAGUAUGAGAAUUAUGCUGACUGUUAUUUACAUCAAUUAUUUAGGUAAAUGAGAAAAAAUUAAUUUGCAUAAUUUGGAACAGGGUGUAUACUUCCUACGAAGGACUGCGAUUAUAAUGAAAAGCUGUCCCUCCAGAUCUUCUUUGGUUCCUACACCGAUGUAUAGAUGAGUGUUUUCAGUGGAGUCUGGCAGAGGAAGCAAGGAGAGGUUUUCUGUUUGUUUUUAUAGUACAGGAACAUGAGUGAUAUCCAGCUCUGCCAAAUGAAUGGAGACAAAACGAAACCUUGUAACUUUCUCGGAUCAGCUUGUACUGAGCAAGUUUGCUUACUAAGCUUUUUUAAUUCUAUUUAUUUUUUUUUCUUUCUUGCUUCUACUUUUCCUCCUACAUAUUACCCUGUGACAGACGUUUCAGGUUAAUGAAGGGAAUUUGUGUGUGUGUGUUUGUGUAUAUGUCAAAAUUAGGGCACACCCAGAACAUGCUUUUCUCACCAAUGUUGCUGCCUUCGAGACCACAAUUUAUACAAAAUACAGAUUAAGGAACAGCACACACAUAAAGGGAAACCGCAAACAAAUAUGAGGAUUCAGUUCCACCAUACGGCCAUAUCGUGUUAAGCCCACCACUAUGUCACUGUAUACCAAUAUCUGUGGUCCUACAGUAAGGUUAAUGUGGGAGACAAAUUAAAUAGUGCUAGUGCUAAAUGUGUAUUCAAUUAAUCUGUUCUAAGAGCAUUGUGAAUAAAUAUAUCAAAAUGAAUAUGAUAAACAGCAAUAUUGGGCACUGUGGCGUAGUGGUGAGCUUAACACAAUAUGGUGGAACUGAAUCCCCAUAUUUGUUUUCUGAGAUGGGUAAUUUUAAGUAGUCUUUUGGAAUUCAAAACUAUAACUCCAGUUUGAAAAUCCUUCCCUUUAAUUCUCACUUUAGCGAAUAACCCUAAAAGUAUUUCCUCCUACAUGUGAUCUGGCCAACCAACAAUUCAUCUCCAGCACCACAAUGUUGGUUGCUUGCAAUGCCAGAUUUCUCCCAAAGCCACCGAUACUGAGGCCUCAUGGAGAGCGGCAGCAUGGAGAGCACAGCACUGCGUGUAGGAAGCAUGUGGUCUGUGCCUUCAGCAUGUGCCAUCCACUUUAAUGGCAACACCGGUAUGGCAACACUGAUUCAUCCAUUGUCCAGAAAGAGUCUUUCUACUAUGGUCUGCACCUGCGGAAGGUGCGGAUUAAUGUUCCCCCACUGGACCUCUAUGAAUCUUGUCACCACUCUCACAGGACCACUAGGGAUUAUACUCCCAGUAGACCUCCGGAGAUUAUACCACUCUCCUUGUAGAAAGGUAAAGAGGAGUUAAAUUCACAGUACAGCUUCCCCACAUUCAUCACUGCACACACACGCACACGCACGCACACACACACAUCUCAUUCAACCAACCCCCACACAUCAGAUUCACCGACCCCACAUUCACACCGCACAUAGCCAGCCCCACUAACAUUUACAUCAGUGGAUUGUAUCGGUGGUUUAUAGAACCCAUAUUCGAGUGCAAUUCCUUAUAGUUAACUUCAAAUAUUGACAUGACUGAUAUAUGAAGUGGUUGCUCUGUUGUUAACCCAAUUUUGCAGUAGUGGAGAGAAAGCAUCAUAUUUGGGCUUAUUUAUUUGAAACCAUUAUUUGACAACAAUGUUUAAGCUCUGCUAACUUCGUGAUUGAGACCCAUCGAUUCAGUCUCUCAGUCCUCGACCGUAUAUUAAAAACAUGAGGGAUAACCUGAGAGGGGAACAUGGAGAUUUAUUUGGCACCUGCAUCUUCCGCUCAGUAAAAUGUCCUCCCCUCUCCCAAGAUUUCUAGUGUCAAAUGUUUGAGAUCUAAACUAAAAUUUGCCUGUUAAGUGUUUUCCAGAAAUAUUCUCUCCCUUCAUCUGUAUAGCCAUGGCUGUGGGUAGAAUCCGCAACUUCGUAUUUAGUAAAUUGCAUUCUAAAUUCUAAACUGACUCCUUGCUUGUCACAUCUGUGCAUUGUCUCCCAGAGUCCACUCCGUAGCUGCUUAUUGUCAUCCGAUGUCACUUGUCACAAGCCUGGAAUGUAAGCCCCUGGUUCUCUAUAAAUUGGCUGUGCAUCAUCCCUCGGCACUGGGAAAUGUAUGUGCGUAAUGUAUAGUGCUGCCGAGUACGUAUAACCCUUGGCUUGCUGGAGAAGGAAGGCAAUGCAGGUAUUUAUUAGAGGCGAACACUUUAAAUUCCAGAUGAGUAUUCCUGUGUGUGAGUUAAAGCUAAAUUUACAAAGCAGGAGAUAAACACUUAUAAAGCAAGUAAGCAUCCGAUUGACAAUGAAACCAUUUUGUUUUCAUGUAGGCUGUGUCAGUCACAGCCAGGGGAGAUGUAGCUAGGUCUGCAUAGACAGAAACAAAAGUGAUUUAACUCCUAAAUGGCAGUGAAUUGGGCAGUGAGACUUCAGGGGCAUGAUCUAUACAUUAAAACUGCUUCAUUAAGCUACAGUUUUUUUGGUGACUAUAGUGUCCCUCUAAGGAUACCAAAUUAGGGAGCUGUCUACUGAACACAUUUUCAUUCACUCACAGACUUAAUCACAGAACUAUACACAUAAUCACAGACAAACAAACACGAUCACAGACACAUUCAAACACACAUUUUUUGGUCCAUUCAGCCUCCCUACCUUUUUCUGGGAGGGGUGAAUCCUCUGCCUGUUGGCCAGUGGGUUGUUUCUGGGAUAAAUGUGCUCUUCCUGCAAAGGUCCCAUAUUUACCCUCUAAUGAAUGUGAGGUCAAGGUGAUGUUAUAUCUUGGCUGUUGACACAUUGCAGGACCUGUGCCCACCCCUGGGCACUGAUCUGUUUGGGCAGAGUAAGCACCUGCCGUGUGGGUAGGUGCCUACUCUUCCAAGUAAGCGCAUACCGCAAGCACUGGUACUCUAGGCAGGUGGGGGCCCACCAGGACGGAGUGUGGAAAGAGCAUGAGGGGUGUCACCAGUAAAUCAACUGUCACUCGCCACCCUCAUCCAGCCUCCUGUGCAGGAUACCAAGGAACUAAAACAGGAUGGCAGAACAUGACCCCAAAAUUGGGACUGUUGGGAGGCCUGCAAAUCUCUUACCAUUUAUUUAUUUACCAGUUAUUAUCUUUAUCUGUAUCUCCGCAAUACUUACUUUCUCUUCUGGUAACAUCACCCAGCAUUCUUUUCAUUGAGUUUAGCAUACGUCACAGCAGGGGACGGCUGGUUACUUUUUGUACCAGGGAACAACUUCAAACAAAUAGCUCAGUUUGAGACCAAAUCGGCAAACAGCCCAACAAACUAAACUCCCUUUUUCAGUUUACUAAUUGUGUAAAGCUUAAAAUACAAUAAUUAUACAAUACAGUAACAUUUAUUUUUAGUGUUAUCCUGUGUGUCAGCCUCCCAAAAUUUCCCCCAUUUUUUUGGAGAGGGAUCAUUUAUAGAAAACUUAAAUUGGUUGCCUUUUGGCAAAAGGUAAAAAAGAGGUGUAAAGCAUUUUUUUUUAAAUUUUAUUAUUUUAUUUUUUUUUGUGUUGUGUGAUUUGGCAGCAAACGUUAAUCUGUUGGGUUAUCAUAUCCCCAUAUGGUUUUAGCUAAGUGCAUACUAAGGUAUGAAUUUUAUUAUCACUGUCCCAGUGAGCAGGCUAGUAAUGAUGGAUUUUAUUUAUUAACACAGAAUGCUGAAAUAAAGAAAAACUCUUAAAUAUAAAAUAUUACUUGUAGUGUAGACAAUAUUUAGGAAUUUAAAUAAUAUACUUUUAUUAUUAUCUUUAUUUUUUUAAUGGAAGCAGAUUUUAGUUGUCUUGGGUCCCAAAUAACAUUUACACAACUGAAGACCAAGUGCAAUUUUUAUUAGUAAAACUGGUUCGCUUGUUUCGAGGUAAUUCUCAGUUGCGCGCAACACCAUGGAUUUAGCAUUUGCCCCCUUCUUGUAUAAUCACUGGGUCCCUUUGUGGAAUGCAAAUUGCCGAAUAUAUUCAGUGUGAUCCAUGUAUUAAUGGAUCUGUUAUACAACUGAUACAUUUGUAACAUUUGUAUCUGAUCUGAGGUAUGUGUCACAUAUAGGGUUAAUCAUGUCCGAUUCGCUUUGUCUGAAGUGCUGCUUUUCUACCAGAUGACACCCCACUGAGACGUUUCCAGGCUCCAAGAGGAAUGAGCUCAAACAGGGAAGAUGCCAGUCCAGCACUUAAACUGCCAGUGUUUGUCUGUGUUUAUUUGUGUGGGAGACACUUGAUGGGAAAAGACUAAAGACUGUUUAGAGUAAAGGAAAUCCCUCUGAUAUUAAGUCACCAAUAAGAGAAUUCAUUUGUCUGACGGGGAACUAAAGGAUCUUCUUUCUGUGUCAACACAUAGAUCCUCUGCUCAUUCCUAGACCUCUCUCUAUCCCUGUAUUAGAACAUGACUGUAUAUCUAGAACUAAUAAUCCAUCGUUCCCUGUAUUAGAACAUGUCUGUAUAUCCAAAACUAAUAAUCCAUCGUUCCCUGUAUUGGAACACGACUGUAUAUCCAGAACUAAUAAUCCAUCGUUCCCUGUAUUGGAACACGACUGGAUAUCCAGAACUAAUACUCCAUCGUUCCCUGUAUUGGAACACGACUGUAUAUCCAGAACUAAUACUCCAUCGUUCCCUGUAUUGGAACACGACUGUAUAUCCAGAACUAAUACUCCAUCGUUCCCUGUAUUGGAACACGACUGUAUAUCCAGAACUAAUACUCCAUCGUUCCCUGUAUUGGAACACGACUGUAUAUCCAGAACUAAUAAUCCAUAUAUAUCCCUGUAUAAAGCUCUAACCAACUCUAGCCCCUGUUACAUUGUUAUAUAUGCCCCUUCUUGGUCUCUCCGCUCUUCUGACCACUUUCUGUCCUCUCCUCGCACCCUCACUGCUAACUCGCGCUUGUAGGACUUCUCGCGAGCGACUCCUUUCCUUUGGAACAGCCUGCCUACCCCCAUCAGACUCUCCCGUGGUCUUCAUUUUUUUUUAAGAAGUCCCUCAAAACAUAUCUGUUCAGAAAUGAUCUCCCAGAGUAACCUAUAUGUCACAUAUCUGUUUCUUGCUCUCCUAAAGAGCCACAUCGACUCUCACCUCAAGUUCUGUCUGUUAGUUGUCUACCUUGAUUGUUUGCGGUCACCCUUGAUACCCUUCCUAUUGUGUCUCUAUAAUUCACUCCUCUAGACUGCAAGCUCGUCUAAGCAGGGUCUGCAUCUACCUGUUCACAUAUCAUGUUGUAAUUGUCUGAUUCAUUGUUAAAUUUCCCACCUUUCAUAAUAUUGUAAAGCGCUGCGGAAUAAGUUGGUUCUAUAUAAAUCCCAAUAAUGGUAAUAAUAAUCAUAAUAUUAGAACAAUUGCUAUGUAUCCAGACCUAUAAAUCCACCUAAACGUAACAAAACCAAAAAGGCAAUCCGCUCACUGUAUAAAAUCCCUGUGUCCAUUUAAAUGGUUUUGAUACCAUUGCAAUGCCAUUAAAGUGUAAGCUUUCCUGCCAAUUUGAAGACAAACCUCUUAGGUGAGGCAACACAAGAAAUUUUCCAGGCAGAUUUAAUAAUCCUAUUCACUAAUAAUCCUAUUAAAACUGUCUGCAGCUUGAGUGCCUGGAGAAUUUCUUGUGUUGCCUUAUCAUUGUGGGAUUGCUGGUCCUGCUCCGGAGUUGCUGGGAUUGAGUGCAGGUCCUAUUACCCUUUUGGCAAACCUCUUAGGUGAGUCCUACUCAAACAACUCUAUUUGCUAUCAUCUAAAUGCCCUUUUAAUGUAAUUAAUGCUGAAUUCUGUAAUGUAGAACUGAAAGUCUUUCUCUUGAUAUACAUAAAUAAUACAACUCCUACAUCCAGUUCUAUAAACCCAUCUGUACAAUUCCUAUAGAGCAGACUAAAUGGGCCAAAUGGUUCUUAUCUGCCGUCACAUUCUAUGUUUCUAUGUUAAAGCCAUCUACCAAUGUAUCAACCCAAUUCGUACAAUCUUUGCAAGUGAUCUAUAUUUGUAACACUUAGCACAUCCAGUCGUACUACUCCAGAUCCUACGUGGAAUAGAGUCCUAUAAUAUUGAGUGAGAAUGUUCCUUCAAAUCAGCCUUUUUAAAAUCGGAGCAGAAAUUGGUAGAAUGAGGUUGACAAUUCCAAAGAUAACGUACAAUUUGGGAACGCUCUUGGACAUGUGAGUGAUAUAGUAAAAUGUAUCGUUAGUCUGAGAAGAUACAGUUAAAGGAACACAGUAGUGUUAGGAAUGCAAAGAACUGUUUAAUACUGUAGGAUUUUUUUUAUAUAUGUGUGUAUGCGCAGUAUUUAAUAUAUUCAUGUUGACCUUUUUAUUUAUUUUUUAUGAAUGGAGUGUCCACUUUUGACAAUAGUUUGAGGCGAUCUAUUAAAAAGCCGCUGAGAGUGAUUUCAGUUUUUGAAACCAUAUAUGUGCUGCAAUUAUAAACUUUUUGAAAAUAAAAAAAAGGUCAGCCAGAGUACAAGUCAGAUUUCUUCAAUUAUAACAUUCAAUUUAUUUCUGUAAACCUAAAGAAUUGGACGGCACACAUGAAGUGAUCCAAGUAUUGGUGCCGGUGCCUGAAGGAAGGAUCGCUGUUAAAGUCUUCAGCACUCGGCAGUUAAGGUAUGUGGUUAAUUCAGCCAACAAAGUGAAAUCCAAUGUUUUAAGACAUUUAGCAUCUUUCUCAAGUCACGAACGUUGGAUGAAUAAACCACAUACCUUGACUGCCGAGUGCUGACGCUGUUUAUUUUUCUCUUUCUUCCACAAUUAAGAUUAUUUAUAUUCAUUGGCAUAAGCAAAGUUUCCACCAUUUUCGGCAGUGCUAUGCUAUGGGCAUUAAGAUAUCUAGGGGACAAGUUCUUUUCGAUAAGAUGUGAGAAUUCGGAGGGUCUGCCUAUUGGGGCUGAUGCUUUCUAUUUACUAACAAAAGCCUUGGAUGGAUGCAUUGAUGCUGCACAAUGAAAGCCUUCGAAGCAGGAUUCCUGCAGAUAUUUUCCACGUGAAUCCUGAAGGUACGAGAGGUCUGCACCUCAGAAAGGAAAGGUCUCUAUAGUAUUGCUUCAUCCUUUAUGCUGCAUCCCUGCUAGCUGGGUGAUAGUGUAAAAUGACAGAUAUCAUGAGCUCCUGUGCUUUGACACCUGGGACAGGUGGCCUUCUUUUUACACCAUUAAGCACAUGAUGCUUCUUCGCCUUAAGAUUUCCAUUUCACUUCCCUUGUGAAGCAUUGGAUGAGAAAGAUGCCUCUCCUGCUUCAAAGGCCAAUCUUAAUGGACACUAAAGUCACCCAGACCAGUUCAUGUUAAAGAGACACUAUAGGCGCCCAGACCACGUCAUCUCAUUGAAGUUUUCUGGGUGCAAUGUCUCUGACAUCUUAACCUUGCAAUGUAAAACAGAGCAGUUCCAGAGACAUUGCAAUGUUUACAUUGCAGUGUUAAGUCCACCUCUAGUGACGGUCUACCAGGCAGCCACUAGAGGCAAGUCCAGAGUUUUAAUGGGACAUUAGACUUCGUCAUGAUGACGUCCAGCAUCUUAAAAAUCCCCAUGGGAAAGCCUUGAUUCGAUACUUUGCUAUGGGGAAGGCCUAAUGCUUGCAACGCUGGAUGUGAAUGCACGUUAGGUUGCCCCAACGUUGUAUCAUCAGAGGAGAAGGACACAGAGCCAGCGCCUAGGGACCUCGGUACUGAAAACGGGUAACUGAAAAAAAGCUUUUUAACCCUUUAUUAACUGGGAGGGGGCUGGACCUUUCGUUAUUGGCAGAGGGACACCAUAACGUUAGCAAUACAGUCUUGUAUUCAAAUGCUAAAGCAUUUCUUUAAUAAAGUGGUCCUGUGGUUUUAAUUUUGGGUUACUGGUAAUUUGUCAGAAUAGCGUUUUAAAGUCAUUGAUAAAGAACAUGCUAAGGAUCUGAUGGUGCCACUAAUGCCUCAUCAGACAGAUUUCGAUCUUUAAAGGACCACUAUAGUGCCAGGAAAACAUACUCGUUUUCCUGGCACUAUAGUGCCCUGAGGGUGCCCCCACCCUCAGGGUCCCCCUCCCGCCCGGCUCUGGAAGGGGAAAGGGGUAAAAACUUACCUUUUUCCAGCGCUGGGCGGAGAGCUCUCCUCCUCCUCUCCGCCUCCGUUACGCCCCGCCGGCUGAAUGCGCACGCGCGGCAAGAGCUGCGCGCGCAUUCAGCCGGUCUCAUAGGAAAGCAUUUACAAUGCUUUCCUAUGGACGCUGGCGUGCUCUCACUGUGAAAAUCACAGUGAGAAGCACGCAAGCGCCUCUAGUGGCCGUCAAUGAGACAGCCACUAGAGGCUUUGGGGGAAGGCUUAACCCAUUCAUAAUUAUAGCAGUUUCUCUGAAACUGCUAUAAUUAUGAAAAAAUGGGUUAACCCUAGAAGGACCUGGCACCCAGACCACUUCAUUAAGCUGAAGUGGUCUGGGUGCCUAGAGUGGUCCUUUAAAACAUGAGUGUUUAAUGUUAACAUAUAGAUACCGUUUCCACCAAUCCCAUAAUGGUAAAAGUGACAAUGGAUAGUAUUGGAACGUUGUGUUGGGAUUGUGACAAUGUGACAUCAGCAGUCGUUAUCAAGUCAAGUGAUCAGAUAUGAGUGUGUAAUUUAACUAUAAGUGAGACUCUUCAUCUUCAUUCUCUGGCAGACAAGAUGGAGAUAAAUAGUUUAACAUUAGAUAGAAAUGAAAUGAUAUCUAAAUUGUAUAUCGGAAUUAUAUCUAAAUUGAUUAAACAUUUAGGGCACAGGUAACAAGAAAGCAAUAAAUGAAAGGAGACUUCUACGAACACCUAUUAAUCACUGGGGGAUCAGAAAUAUGGGAUCACAGUGUCCUACUGCCUGCUAGAUACUUAAAUAUUUCACACUUCAAUGCUUUUUAUUUUUUUGGGAACCCAAAGCCGAUGGGUAUGGCUGGGACCACCAUGUUUUAUUUAUUUUAAAAUCUCUGCACAUGACAAUCCAUAAUUGAUAAAUGUCCCCACACCUACAUUUUACUGAAAUAUUUAAAGGGGCAAUAUAGUGUCAGGAAUACAAAUGUGUAUUCCUGACACUAAAGGUCUAAAUAACUGUUUAGAUCAGGCCUGGACAACCUGCGGCCCCCCAUGUGUUUUGAACUACAACUCCCAUGAUCCCCUGGCUGUUUCAUAAAAAAAAAAAAAACAUGGGCAUUGGCUUCCUGUUUUAUUCAAAGAAUCCUGAGCGUUGUAAUUCAAAAACAUCUGGUGGGCCGUAGGUUUCGCAGCCCUGUUUUCGAUGAUCAGCUACCCCUUAACCCUGGCUAAAAAGGUGCUAUAUUCAACUCUUUCCAGCGCAGCGCCGCGCCAGUCACUGGCCUAGUGAACGUUCAGCCUCCUUGGCUGAGGUCAUCAGUCUUGAUCAUCUCAACCAAUUCAAUUAUUUCCCAUAGGAAAGCAUUGUGAGACUACUGCACAUGCACAGCAGAGCACUACUCUGCGCCAAUUAGCAUCUCCUCAUAGAGAUGAAUUGAAUCAAUGCAUCUCUAUGGGGAAAGUUCAACGUCUCCAUGCAGAGUGUGGAGGCGUUGAACGUCAGUGCUGCACUGUGCAGCACUGACCCAGGUAGCACCUCUAGUGGCUGUCUGAGUCACUGCCUGGUGAGAUGUUACCAGCCAACAAUGUAAACACUGCCUCACGAGAUGUGCCUGCAGGAGCGGACUAUACACACCAAAAACCCUGUAUUAAGAUUUUAUUUUCUGGUCUCACAGAUCUCAAAGAUUUUGAUUUAAAUAAGCUUUUCAAAUUAUCACAAUUAGUUUUUUGUAAAUUAUUUAUCUAUGCAUAUUCCCAUAGAUUCCAAUAGUGACUUCUGUAGAUAAAUCAUUUGAAACGUUUUUUCUAACAGAUUGUGAACAUUUGGAAAGUAUGUCCAAAAGAAUUAAAUUGAGGUCUACAUUUGUUCAAAAUGAAUCUCCUAAAUUGUUUAAAAGGGUAUCUCCACUCUUUUAUUUAUUAUUUUUUUUAAACUUUAUGUCCCCUGCCACCCCACCCACCCCGAUAUAUAAACAACCAAACACUUAAAUAUAUUUAAAAUAAGUUUUUUUUUUUUACCCUAACCCAGCUCCAGGCCAUACUGCCUUGUGAGGUUACGGGAGCCGUGGGGAGGUCCAAUCAUGAGAACCCUUUGGACCAUUUAACCAGCUCGGAACGUUUGCCAGUAGUGAACGUCUGUAGUCAUAGUCGUGAAAUAUGCACAGAGUUGACCUUAGGCAGCCUGGAACCGCCUAGAUCACAUGUGCUGGGGGUGUAAGCUGAAACACUGCACAAUCAGACUCCUACACCAUGACAACUUCAAACAGCAGAAGUGGUCAUGGUGAUUAGAGAAUCCUUUUAAUGAAUAUUAAUUUCAUGUAAAAUAAAAAAAAGUAGAUUAUUUUCCAACCUUUUACAAUUUAGAGAGACGUUUGAUCUGUGUGUGUGAUUAUAUUUAAUUUUUUUAUGCUGUUAGUGCAUGCCUUUUUUUGUUAUACACAGUGCAAACAAUCUUUUUAUACACAGUUAAUGCACCCCUCUCCCGCUUGUUAUUAUACACAGUCAGUGUAUACCCUCCCUCAUGUUGGUAUACACAGUGCAUGCUCCCUUGCACUUGAUAAUAUAGAUUGCCCCUUUCUUGUUAUACAGAGUAUAUGCCCCCUCUCUCUUCUUAUACACAGUGUAUGAUGAACUCCAUACUGUACACAGGGAUAGACAGUCUAGCUGUCAGUGUUCUCUUCUCCAGCCUGGUGGCUCCUUCCUGCUUCCUCUGCACUGCCUCCAUCCCCAGCAGUACCCUGGGAGCGAGCCAGGUCUCCCCAGACUCUGACCCCAGUAUCUGACAGAGGCCAGGGAGAGCAGACACCCCGGCUCCUUCUGGAUCAACCCUAGAACAUCUAUUUAUUGAGUGCGGUCACCAAACACCUCAUCAAUAAAACCGUGACAGUGACAGAGUAAGCCAUAUCUAUCAAUCACAAUUAUUUAUAAUGCGCCAACAUAUUCCGCAGCGCUGUACAAUAGGUUAACAAGACAAAUACUUAAUUCUAACAAAACAUGUUUAAUGCACAGAACCAGGAGAUGAAUCGUUAUAUUAUACAUAGUCAGAGCAUGCGCCAUGCACCAUGCAAUAUAUAGUCAGUGCCUGCACCGUGUAAUAUAUAGUCAGAGCAUGCACUAUGUAAUAUAAAGUCAGAGCAUGUAAUAUAAAGUCAGAGCAUGCACCAUGUAAUAUAUAGUCAGAGCAUGCACUAUGUAAUAUAAAGUCAGAGCAUGCACCAUGUAAUAUAUAGUCAGAGCAUGCACUAUGUUAUAUAUAGUCAGAGCAUGCACCAUGUAAUAUAUAGUCAGAGCAUGCACUAUGCAAUAUAUAGUCAGAGCAUGUGCCAGGUAAUAUAAAGUCAGAACAUGCACCAUGUAAUAUAUAGUCAGAACAUGCACUAUGCAAUAUAUAGUCAGAGCAUGUGCCAUGUAAUAUAAACUCAGAGCAUGCAAUAUAUAGUUAUAGCAUGCAUUAUCCAUUAGUAUAUAAUAUAGAGUUAUAGUAUGCGUUAUCGAUCAGUAUAUAAAAUAGAGUUAUAGUAUGCAUUAUCAAUCCGUGUAUAAUAUAGAGUUAUAGUAUGCAUUUUCUAUCAGUAUAUAAUAGUUAUAGUAUGCAUUAUCCAUCAGUAUAUAAUAUAGUUAUAGUAUGCGUUAUCGAUCAGUAUAUAAUAGUUAUAGUAUGCGUUAUCGAUCACUAUAUAAUAGUUAUAGUAUGCAUUAUCAAUCCGUAUAUAAUAUAGAAUUAUAGUAUGUGUUAUCGAUCAGUAUAUAAUAUAUAGUUAUAAUAUGCGUUAUCGAUCAGUGUAUAAUAUAGAGAUAUAGUAUGCAUUUUCUAUCAGUAUAUAAUAGUUAUAGUAUAGUAUUAUCCAUCAGUAUAUAAUAAACAAUCACAGAAUGGGAAGGUUGACACUUGCUCUUGCUAUAUGACCCAGUGUACAUACAGUCAGUGACCAUGUUACUGCCAGAACCGAUACAUACUAACUGACUAUAUAUAAUAAAUAUCCUGGGAUUCUAUAUCUCACACAUAGAAUGUAUAUACAGUUAGUGACCAUGUUACUGCCAGGUCCGAUACAUACUGACUGACUAUAUAUAAUAAAUAUCCUGGGAUUCUAUAUCUCACACAUAGAAUGUAUAUACAGUCAGUGACCAUGUUACUGCCAGGUCCGAUACAUACUGACUGACUAUAUAUAAUAAAUAUCCUGGGAUUCUAUACCUCACACAUAGAAUGUAUACAGUUAGUGACCAUGUUACUGCCAGGCCCGAUACAUACUGACUGACUAUAUAUAAUAAAUAUCCUGGGAUUCUAUAUCUCACACAUAGAAUGUAUACAGUCAGUGACCAUGUUACUGCCAGGUCCGAUACAUACUGACUGACUAUAUAUAAUAAAUAUCCUGGGAUUCUAUAUCUCACACAUAGAAUGUAUAUACAGUCAGUGACCAUGUUACUGCCAGGUCCGAUACAUACUGACUGACUAUAUAUAAUAAAUAUCCUGGGAUUCUAUAUCUCACACAUAGAAUGUAUACAAUUAGUGACCAUGUUACUGCCAGGUCCGAUACAUACUGACUGACUAUAUAUAAUAAAUAUCCUGGGAUUCUAUAUCUCACACAUAGAAUGUAUAUACAGUCAGUGACCAUGUUACUGCCAGGUCCGAUACAUACUGACUGACUAUAUAUAAUAAAUAUCCUGGGAUUCUAUAUCUCACACAUAGAAUGUAUAUACAGUCAGUGACCAUGUUACUGCCAGGUCCGAUACAUACUGACUGACUAUAUAUAAUAAAUAUCCUGGGAUUCUAUAUCUCACACAUAGAAUGUAUAUACAGUCAGUGACCAUGUUACUGCCAGGUCCGAUACAUACUGACUGACUAUAUAUAAUAAAUAUCCUGGGAUUCUAUAUCUCACACAUAGAAUGUAUACAAUUAGUGACCAUGUUACUGCCAGGUCCGAUACAUACUGACUGACUAUAUAUAAUAAAUAUCCUGGGAUUCUAUAUCUCACACAUAGAAUGUAUAUACAGUCAGUGACCAUGUUACUGCCAGGUCCGAUACUUACUGACUGACUAUAUAUAAUAAAUAUCCUGGGAUUCUAUAUCUCACACAUAGAAUGUAUAUACAGUUAGUGACCAUGUUACUGCCAGGUCCGAUACAUACUGACUGACUAUAUAUAAUAAAUAUCCUGGGAUUCUAUAUCUCACACAUAGAAUGUAUAUACAGUUAGUGACCAUGUUACUGCCAGGUCCGAUACAUACUGACUGACUAUAUAUAAUAAAUAUCCUGGGAUUCUAUAUCUCACACAUAGAAUGUAUAUACAGUUAGUGACCAUGUUACUGCCAGGUCCGAUACAUACUGACUGACUAUAUAUAAUAAAUAUCCUGGGAUUCUAUAUCUCACACAUAGAAUGUAUAUACAGUCAGUGACCAUGUUACUGCCAGGUCCGAUACAUACUGACUGACUAUAUAUAAUAAAUAUCCUGGGAUUCUAUAUCUCACACAUAGAAUGUAUACAAUUAGUGACCAUGUUACUGCCAGGUCCGAUACAUACUGACUGACUAUAUAUAAUAAAUAUCCUGGGAUUCUAUAUCUCACACAUAGAAUGUAUAUACAGUCAGUGACCAUGUUACUGCCAGGUCCGAUACAUACUGACUGACUAUAUAUAAUAAAUAUCCUGGGAUUCUAUAUCUCACACAUAGAAUGUAUAUACAGUUAGUGACCAUGUUACUGCCAGGUCCGAUACAUACUGACUGACUAUAUAUAAUAAAUAUCCUGGGAUUCUAUAUCUCACACAUAGAAUGUAUAUACAGUUAGUGACCAUGUUACUGCCAGAACCGAUACAUACUGACUGACUAUAUAUAAUAAAUAUCCUGGGAUUCUAUAUCUCACACAUAGAAUGUAUAUACAGUCAGUGACCAUGUUACUGCCAGGUCCGAUACAUACUGACUGACUAUAUAUAUAAUAAAUAUCCUGGGAUUCUAUAUCUCACACAUAGAAUGUAUAUACAGUUAGUGACCAUGUUACUGCCAGGCCCGAUACAUACUGACUGACUAUAUAUAAUAAAUAUCCUGGGAUUCUAUAUCUCACACAUAGAAUGUAUACAGUUAGUGACCAUGUUACUGCCAGGUCCGAUACAUACUGACUGACUAUAUAUAAUAAAUAUCCUGGGAUUCUAUAUCUCACACAUAGAAUGUAUAUACAGUUAGUGACCAUGUUACUUCCAGGUCCGAUACAUACUGACUGACUAUAUAUAAUAAAUAUCCUGGGAUUCUAUAUCUCACACAUAGAAUGUAUAUACAGUUAGUGACCAUGUUACUGCCAGGUCCGAUACAUACUGACUGACUAUAUAUAAUAAAUAUCCUGGGAUUCUAUAUCUCACACAUAGAAUGUAUAUACAGUCAGUGACCAUGUUACUGCCAGGUCCGAUACAUACUGACUGACUAUAUAUAAUAAAUAUCCUGGGAUUCUAUAUCUCACACAUAGAAUGUAUAUACAGUUAGUGACCAUGUUACUGCCAGGUCCGAUACAUACUGACUGACUAUAUAUAAUAAAUAUCCUGGGAUUCUAUAUCUCACAGCAAUUGAGGAUAAAGCCUGCUCUGGCUGUGGUAUUAUAACAUAAUCCUUAUAGCCCUCAUUAUGUAAAAUCAAAUCAUUCUCUAUGCCUCUAUAUAUCAUGGACAGUACUUGCUAUGGUUAUAAAUGACACAAUAUUUUCUUUUUAUUGUUAGUAGUGGUGAUUGUGAGCACAUUUAUCAUUAGAGCAUGUCAUUAUUCAAUGAUCUGAUGGAGCCCUUUGCAGAUAGUGAAUCCCUUCAUGUUGAGAUAUAUGGAUUGAUUUAUAACGCCUCUCCAAGCAGAAUUCAUUGAUAUCUUUUGUUUUCCUGUUUGGGGUUCAUUGUGGCUUAUAAAUAAUAAUUAUAAAUAAUUAUAAAUAAUAAUUACAUGUAUUUAUUGAGUUCAGUCUAAGUUUUGUGUUUGUGAUAUUUAAAUUUUGGAGAGUGUUCCUCUUCAGCUAUUAUCCCCACAUGUCAGACAUGUAUAUUUUUGUUUGGAGGGAGGUGGGGGGUAGAACUGUUUAACUGUCUGUCUUUUUUGUUUGUUUGUUUGUUUGUUUUAUAUACCUAUUGUACAGCGCUACAGAAUAUGCUGGUGCUCUAUAAAUAAUUCUAUUUUUGGUGUGUCUAAACUGAUCUGAGAGACUCCAUCCAGCUAAGCUGGGAGUUCAAUCCAUCACUCAGAACAAGUCUUUCCAUUCACCCCAUCCCUGCUCCCCCUGGGAGGAUUGACAGGUAAACACAUGUGACAUUUGUUUGUGAAAGUGUCUCUGAAGUUGUGACAUUACAUUGAGAUAAGUUAUGUUACUGGUAUUCUGGAGCUGCUACACUCAGUCAGUGGAGAUAAGGCCCCUCCAGCCUUAAUUCCUGUCUCCACAGCCAUCAAUGCCUCACACCAGCCUCCAUCCCUGUCUCCACAGCCUUCAAUGGCCCACACCAACCUCCAUCCCUGUCUCCACAGCCUUCAAUGGCCCACACCAACCUCCAUUCCUGUCUCCACAGCCUUCAAUGCCUCACACCAGCCUCCAUCCCUGUCUCUACAGCCUUACUCAUACCUACAGCAGCCUCCAUCCCUUUCUCCACAGCCUCACUCAUACCUACAGCAGCCUCCAGCCCUUUCUCCACAGCCUCACUCAUACCUACAGCAGCCUCCAUCCCUGUCUCCACAGCCUCACUCAUACCUACAGCAGCCUCCAUGCCUGUCUCCACAGCCUCACUCAUACCUACAGCAGCCUCCAUGCCUCUCUCCACAGCCUCACUCAUACCUACAGCAGCCUCCAUCCAUGUCUCCGCAGCCUUCAAUGCCUCACACCAGCCUCCAUGUCUGUCUCCACAGCCUCACUCAUACCUACAGCAGCCUCCAUGUCUGUCUCCACAGCCUCACUCAUACCUACAGCAGCCACCAUGCCUGUCUCCACAGCCUCACUCAUACCUACAGCAGCCUCCAUCCAUGUCUCCACAGCCUCCCUCAUACCUACAGCAGCCUUCAAAGCCCCACUCCAGCCUCCCUCCCCCUCAGGGCAGUGAUUAUGGUUUAGGAACUCAGUAAUUCUCAUGAUGUGUGCUCAGCCUUGGCUGGAUGAGCGUCAUUGGAUUAGUCAUGACUGUUUCUUUUAGCCUGGCACUGAAAGUGUUAAUUGCAGAUCUAGAAGAUGGUGAAUAGGCCACUCUCUACCUGGCUAAUGUUUCUGGGCCUUUAGCACUAUUAAUAAGAUUAGGAGUUAAUCUCCUCCCUAUCCAUGUCUUAUUUCCUCCUCAGUCUAUUCUUGGGCUGAAUUUGGAGCAAAGUGCAGAAACAUAUUUUGGUUUCCAUGGUGACUGCAACAGUUUCAGCUCUGUGCUCCAAUUUUGUAUUGAUUCGGUGCAACAUUUCAAGAUUCUAGAAUUACACCAAUAUUUAUUCUAUCGAAUUACACCAAUAGAUGGAAUAAUUCGAUAUGUACUAAUAUGUAUCACCGAUAUUCAUUAUAUCGAGUUACGCCAAUAUAUGUAGAUUAGAUACAUUAGCAACAUUUAUCAAAUCGAAAUACACCAGGAUAUUGUCAAAUGAAAUCUAAAAUGUGUUAUCUACAUAAAUCGAGUUAUUCGAUCUUACAUUAUAAUAUACAUCAUUCCAUUUACAUUCAAACCCGCGGAAUACACGAGAUUAUCUCAUUACAUGAAGUUUAUUCAUUAACCAUUGUGUGUGAUUUGUAACAUAACAUUUGUCGAUUUUGUUUAAUGCAGCCAAACUUUCAUAGUAAUAUAUUGUCUUUCAUUUGUGUUUAUUUACUACUAAAAGAGUAAUUAAAUAUGUUAUAUACAAUCUCUCGUUUUAUUUCAUAUUAUUAAUUUUUUCCCCCAAAUAUUUUUAAAUGCUUGAUGUAAUAUUUUUGAGUAUAAAAUAAAAUACAGUUGGCAGUGUGUUAAUUAUAACUGGUUUCUUACUGAAACUGUAUCACACCCUGUACAGGAGACAGUAACACAAUGCUACAAAGUAUACAAUAUAGCAAAAAUAUUAUUUAGUAAAUAAAACAUAAUAAUUGAAUCAUUUUAAAGGGACAGGAGAGUGGGGAAAGGUGGGUGGAUUAUUAGAUCAGCAUUAUUGGCCAUUUUUAGUCUUUUUGAGCAUUGUGGGUAAUGUAGUUUUUCUAGUCCUGUACUGAGCAGGUUAGCUGAAGUGGUUGGGGGUGUACAUGAGAUUAUAUUGCAUUGUAUUCCCUGUGUGAUACUUAGUCUGCCUGUGGUUUUGACGUAUUAAGAGUAUAGUAAAUGAUUCUCAAGUGUGUCACUCUGAGAAUAUAUAAACCUCAGUGUAAGUGUGUGUGAGUUUCUGCUCUCUCCAAUAAGUUUAUAUCUGGACACAAGUCCUGCAGAUUGUCUGAGUAUUUCCAGCAGUCCAGCAGCUAAUUCAUUCUCAUAGAGCUCACUGCCAGACAUGGAUCUCAAUACAAGGAAAAAGGGAUCUUACAAAAAUAAAUAGAAAGAAAUGUAAAACGUGUAUGUGUAGGAUAAUUGUGUGUGUGUGAUAUAUAUAUAUAUAUAUAUAUAUAUAUAUAUAUAAUUUGUUUUAAAUUAUUUUAUUUAUUUAUUUUUACAAGUGUUUUAUUCUUUUUGUGUUUAACUGAAUCAUUCAGCUGGGGGGGGGGACACAACAAAAACCUGUGUAUUGUGUCCAAAGAAUAUCCCUAAAUCUGUGUUCAGUGCCUGCAAUCACUGCUAAUUAGCCCAUAGUUAGUAUGGUGGUGUGAUAGUGUUUAGUGGUGAUCACAAAAUAGAACUGAAUAAUAAAAGGCAUUCUAGAGCUACUAAUUAAUGCACCAUGCCAGUGAUUGGCUGAUUGAUGCACCACACUGAUAGAAUUAUUGGUCGUAAUAGUUUAAUAAGGUUAUGGCACCUACACCUCCUAGGUACAUAUAGAGACACGUUAAUUCCACUUACUAUAGUCAUAUAGAGAAUAGCAGCUUAAUUAAAUCGCUUUCUGUUAGACAAAUACAAGUAUCUAUGUAUAAGCUUGUAAGUGUGUAUUGUAUAGUAAUAUAACUUUAUAUUUCAAUGUUGCUGUAUUUAUAUAUAGACACAUCCACGUUUAUUGUUUGAGGUAUACAGCAUUCAUAGGUUCAUAUGCUAAUAUUUCAUGUAAAAAAAUAUAUAUAUAUAAAAAUAGGUUUUGUUUUUUUUAAAGUAUAUAAAGUUAAUAUUCUUUCUACCUAUUUAGAUAAUAAACAUUGCAUCCCCUGUUACAAUCCCUUGCUAAUUGUCAAUUGUCUGUUUUAUGGGUUUAUUUCUGAAUUAAUUACUGUGGCAUUGCCAAUAAUCAGGCCAAAAUAUCAAUCUGAUAGACAAUAUCCAGAGCCAGCUAUUGUUAUUCGCCAAAGUGACAAUUCUCGGGAAUUUUGAGUAGAUUUCAAACGUUCGCUCAAACUUCUAUUUUUAAAAAUGUAACAUUUUAAAAUUAACUCAGAAUUCCUGACAAUUGGCCCUUUAUUGAAUAACCCUGUAUAUGGUCCAAGUCGGCGCUUUGUGAAUAGAGCGAUAUGUUUCAGUCGGUUUAUGGAGAGAGAAGAAUUCGUUUUAUUUUAAAUUCAAAUAGCGACUGAAACUUAAAUACCCACACCUAUUCAUUCUAAUAAAUUGUAAUUAGUAAAAUAACCACUUUUAUAUGAAGUACACAUUGAUGCUAGAAUUAUAUUAUUAUUUUAUAUAAUUUCUUCAAAUCUGCUAAUUUCUAUCAUUUAUAAAAUUAUUUAUUA